GGCUGACAGAUUCAGUGUUUUGGGACAGUUGACAUUUUUGAAAUGUUCACGAUUUUCGUGACUAUUAUUCUCCAUGGAGUAAACGGUUUAUUGUGAUAGGGAUACUUUAACAAUUGCAAGCCAAAAGAGGAUGGCUUCAUACCAGGAAGGCCCGGGAAUAUCCUACCCUCCUCAGCAACAUGGCUACCAUGGAUACGAUCAACAACAACCGGACUACAAGCAACAGCAGGGAUACAAGCAGCCAUCUCAGCAACAACAGUACCAACAACAGCAAGCAUAUUCUCAACAAAAACAACAACAACAGCAGCAGCCAUAUGAUCAACAGUCAUACCAACAAAAGCCUAAUCAACAGCAACAUCAUCAGCAGUAUCAAUACCAACAAGAACAACAAAAACAACAGAAAUAUCAUCAGCAACAGAAACAAGAGUUUGAACAACCCCAACAACAACAGCAACAAGGCUACCAUCAACAACAGCAGCAGCCCCUAAUGCAGGGUGGUAAUCGGGGCUCAGGUAAAGGUCGUGGUCAUGUGAUGCCAUCCCCUAACCUGUCGCAUCAAAGCCAGCGGACUGACCGUUCACGUAUGAGCGGACAUAGCAGAACAUCCAUGCAAAGCCAGGCAAAUGGGGUACCGGUGGCUGAAUCGCGUGGUAUGGAGGCGUCCCGCAUUCUGGACCAGCUACAGAAAGGUAUCGUGUUUCUCACGGGGGGUCGGGACCGUCAAGGGGGACCAACACUACUGUUUCCCCCACAUCGGGAUGAGUACUUCCUGCCUAACGAUAUUACCGCGUGCCUCAAGUACCUGUUCCAAAUUCCCAGUGAGGAGUCUAAAAAGCGAGGGUUCACAGCGAUCAUCGACAGUCGAGACGGCUCCUGGUCAAACCUCGUCACCUUGCUUGGAUGUCUCAAGCAAUCGCUCGGGGACUACCUGAAGCAGGUGCUUGUUCUAAAGAGUGAUGGAACGGGCGCCAGGCAACCCAGCAGCAGCAGUUUCCGUAGAGACAGGGGACCAAAUAUCGAGGAUCAAGUUAUUUCGGGCAUGUUUGAACCACAGUUCAUCAACAUUAACCGCCUGUACACGUACGUAGACAAGAAUCAGCUGUUGGCGAGUAUGGGAGGAACGCUGAUGUACCAUCACGAGUACUGGCUCCAGAACAGACUGGGCCUAGAGAAGUUCCUACGUGAAGCGAGGCAAGCAGCGUCACAUCUUGAUACGUCGGAAUCAGAAAUCAGCUUUAAACUUAGAAACCAGGGCCCGGAUUCCCCUGUGAGCCCCAUUGAGGCAUUACAAAAACACAGAAUGUUCAAAGAACAAAGCCUGUCCAUCCCUGAGAAAGUCAUAAUGCAAGGUAAAGAGUUGCUAGAAAAGUUGGCCCAGUACAGUGACGUCGCGAUGCAGGGUCAGGAAACUGUGGUGACCCUGGACAAUCUUGAAGCCCACAAACAUGUUAACCGGAUGUUACAAUACCUGGAGAGCCGUGUGGACAAGGUCGCAUCGUACCUGGACAGUCGGGACAGGAAUCUACAUCUGGAUGUGCAGCGAGAUACUGUGCAGAGGGAGAUAAGACAGGUUGUUGAUUGGAUACUGAGCCCUGGAGAGAAGCUACUGGCCAGCCAAUCAGAUAUUGGGGACUCUUCUGAGGCAGCCGAGACAUUAAGGAAGAGACAUGAAGAGCUAGAGAUCAAAUGCACUGACACCUACGGUCACUACGCUGAACUGCGUCACAGAGCUGAAGACUUGUUGAAGGAAAAGUUGCCCUAUGCAGAUGACAUUCGCGCUCAGCGUGACUACAUGGACACAGUGUGCAGGAGUUUCGCCACUAGGCUGGAGAGGAGGCGGACUCUGCUCAUCACAUCUGUCAGGUUCCACAGGCUUACUGAAGAGUUUGCCAGAAAGCUUGAUGACCUAUUGGAGUUGCUGUACAACGAGCGUGACCUGGACUCGAUACAGGCCGCGGAGGCGGAACUCAAUGUCCUCAAGGAGAAAGUGGACGCCAUCAACAUCUCAGCCAGUCGAGCCAUGCAAGAUGGCCACAGCCUUCUAGACGAGAUGUCUCGACCAGUCAAAAACGCUUUUGGCAAAGACAUCUCCCCCGACUAUGCAAGCCAGACGAAGCACAUUGAACAGAAACUAGAAGAGCUACAGGAGCGGAAGAUGCGCUGUGAUGAUCUUGCUGAGGUUCGCAGGCUAAAACUCCAACAGAUGCUACAGCUACGCACGUGUGAGAAAGAUGCUGAACAGGCGAUUAUUUGGAUAGUGGAGCUAUGUGAGGUGAUGUUGACAACUCAGACUCACAUCGGCCAGACCCCACAGGAGAUUGAUAGUCUUCAAGACGAACACAGAAGAGUCGAACAAACAGCUGAGGGCACCUAUGACUAUGGGAAGCAGCUCCUCCAAGCCGCCCUAGUGCUGCGGCGCUCCCUCCGGAUGGAGAUUGAUCCCAACACUGUCCUGGCCCACCGACUGGAGGAAGCUUGGAAGAGGUUUUCCAUGGGAAACAACGAGCGGGCAAAUCGACUCACUGUUGCUUCUAUGUUCUUAGCUCAGUCAGACAAGUUACUGGAGAGAGUGGAACAACUUAUGGUUGUGGUUGCCCAGACACUAACAGGUGACGUGAAUGUUCGGGACGCGCUUGUUCAACACACACCAGAGAAAUACGACACUGAACGGGAGAUUGCAGACGUGUCCCGUAUGGGCAACGCUCUGCUGGAGCGGCUAGCCCUGCCCGUGAUUGUCAUUGAUGGGACUGGUAGUGAAGUUGUAGUUUGGCCGGACAGUCAUGAAAAAGUCUUAAGUACCGAAGACCAGAGUGCCACAGAAACCAUCAACAACCGUCUCAGAAAACUGGACCAUAAAAUGUCUGAACUUAAUCGAUACUGGAAAGAAAUGGAGCAAACUGGACAACCCCCCUCUGUGACACAGAGAUUCUCCAAAUCUGCCCUUAAAUCCUACCCCCUUGAUGAAGGUCAAGGUCAAAGAGGUCAAAGGUCACAGGAUCAAACAGACUCAAAGUCACAGACUAUGCCCCUGCCUUCAAGGUCAUCUCUAGGGCAGCCAAUCAGAGCUCAGAGUUUUGGGAGGCAGGAUGUUCCAAAAAUUAUCAAGAAAGGUGAUAGGAGAAAAACUGCUGAAAUUAUCAAGAGUCAAAGGUCAAGGGCCAAGGACAAACCUGAUGGCCCUGUAACCAAUGGCCAGCAUGUUAGUGAACCGCAGGUCAGGAGAGAUGAGUAUGGAACUGUAAUGUCUGAGCCACAUGUGAGUCAGUCAUACUACCCAAUAUCAGAGGACUUUUCCCGCCACAUUCCACAGCCAAGUUACGGAAUCGUUCCAACCAGCCAGGAACAAACACCUUACACACAACAAGAGCCCUCAAGAAAUGCAUAUGCUCCGUCUGAGCAACAAAUGAUAUAUGCUCCGUCUGAACAAGAAAGAGCAUAUGCUCCGUCUGAACAACAAAUGACAUAUGCUCCAUCUGAACAACAAAUGACAUAUCCUUCGUCUGAGCGACAAAGAUCAGCCUCUCCAAUGGAGGUAGAACCUCUGUCACUGGAGGAGCAGAUCAUUCAGCCACAGUCAUACCAGUCACAGCAUUCACGAUUCCCAUCUCAGCCAGCUGAUGCUGGCCCAUAUCAACCACAAGCUCACCCACCAAGUUCACAUAACAGUUCAUUCUCUCAGACACCACAAGAUGUUUCAAACAAUGUUUUUCAUUCCGAGCCAGACCUUUUGGUGCCUGGAAAGUUCACUGGAAUGCACAAAUCUGAUUUGUCCAAGGAUUCCAAAACAUCAUCAACCAUUAAACCACAAGAGAAUAUCAUUUACAGUAUAACACAGUCUCAGCCGAACAUUUCAAACCAGCCACAAGCAAACAGAGACAAUACCAACAAUAAUGACAAAACAACGACAGCAGCAGACAAGGACAAACACACCCGAAUGUCUUCAUCGUCAAGAUACAUGAUCCCUGACACUCUGCCAAUCACCAAGAGCACCCCUGACCUGUCCAAACCCCCGCCCCCGAAGGUGGACAUCUUGCCCAAGUUCCACUUAUCUCGGCGGUCAGAUAGUCCUCCAAAAAGCUUCCAGGAGUUGUUGACACGAUUUCAAACUGGAGAGACGCUGGAAGGGCAUGCUGAAAGUCGCGAAAAAGAGGAGGUACAGCGGGAAAUUAGCGCGGUGCUGAAGUCCCGUGCUUCAUAUCUGGACGAUGAGGAGAAGGUCAUGGACCAUCGAAGGGUGCCUGACCUUAAACGGGAAAUUGAGCAGUGCGGGGACUGGAUUCGAGUGCGCGUCCACCAGAUGGAGCCAGACCUUAUGGAGGUCGGCUCCAAUCUUGAGGAAGCUCUCCAACUACAAGACGAACAUGACCAACUCCUAUCAAAGCUUCAGGCAAAAGAAGAAGAGAUCAAGCAGCUUCUGUCACGAGCGGAUAGCUACGCGGCCGAGAAUAAAUCCGAGGCAGUUGUGUACUCAGCGAUGUCUGACACACUGGCCGAGGCCUGGCGCGAUCUCAACGACAAACUCCAAUAUCGACGACAACUCUUGAAUGACAGUGUCAAAUUCCAUAGGGAAGCCCAGACAUUUGCGUCUCAGAUGGAACAGGCACAGAGCAAAUUUGUGAACCUGCCUCUGGCCACAGACGUGGAGUCCGCGCGCAGACAGCUGUUACAGCACCAGGAGAUCAAACAAGACAUACUCGAAGCUUCAAAGACUACCCUUGAUUUAGGACACGCCCUACUUGAUCGCAUCAAGGAAAUGGGAAUGCAUGCAGAUUUUACGAACCGGCACGCCACAACAUCCGCGUGUUACGGAAUAGAACAUCUACUCGAAUUGCUACAAGACCGACGGAGACGGCUUGAAGAGCUCUGGGAACAGCGACGUAUACGCCUCGAACAAUCGCUACAGCUCUACCAGCUGGACGCGGAGGUCAACAAGGUACUGACCUGGUACCGUACGACCGGCUACACGCACUUACAGAGCACAGAGCUGGGAAACUCACUCGAGUCCGCUCUGCAGAUACAAGCCGACCACCAAAGAUUUGAACACCAAGCAAAAGACACACAAGAAACCGUGUUACAACUUGUCCGAAAUGCCGACCAACUGCUACGCCGCACACAUCUUGAUGCCGAGGGCGUACGUCGGCGUUUACAGGAAGUUGACACGGAAUGUGAGAACUUCAUGAUUAAGAUCGACCAUCGAAGAAAGAACAUCACUUUGGCCCUGUCAUUCUUUGACAAGGCUGAAACGGCUCUAAAAAGGUUACAUGACAUAGAAGUCCAGCUUAACACCAUGGACUUGCCGAGGAACAGCGAGGAGCUUGCAGACAGACAUUCGCAGUUGUCUAACGUCAUAGUGGAAUCUUCCAUGGCAGCGCAGACCGAGGGUCGUCUCCUACUUGAGAGGGUCAGUAGGGACGACCGCGGUGCUGAUGGCGUGAGACACCGGAUGGAUCAGCUGCAGACUCGCUGUUCAGAGUUGGAGUCGCUCUGUAAGGCCAGGAGAGCUGAGGCCUGGGAGAGAAGCCAAUCUUAUCUCCACUUCCAGGAGUCUUACUCAAGUCUACACACCUGGAUAACCCAGAUAAUUCAGCUCACAUUAAGUCGCCAUAGCGACAUGGGGUCCAGCCUUACAGAGGCGACAGACUUCCUUCAAGUACACGAACAACUAGAAGAAGACAUUAGAGACAAGAGUGCGGAGUUGCAUGCCUUGACUGAGAAGGCCCAGUCCAUGGUUCGGUCAGGGGACCAGGAGGCUGGAGCAGCCCAGGACAAGGUACAGCACCUACAGGUGGAGGUGACACGACUCCACCGCGUCACAGAGGUCCGCAUCAAGCUUUGUCUCAUCUACGUCACCUUCCAGCGCCUCGUACAGCAGAACUCUAGCUGUAUGAAGAGCUUGGAACACACACUAAGAUCCGACACAGAGAAUUUACAGGAUCUAACAGACUCAGCCGUCCAGGAGACAGAGCGAGUCUGGUCCGAGGUCGAGUCAACGUUUAAAGACCUGGACGAUAAAGGCAGAGAGUUUUUACAGAGUUCAUCCAUUAUCACCGAAGAUUCAUCAUUGCAAAUACGUCGCACCAUUCAAACUGUAGAGUCAAUCCUAUUGGAGACUCGUGAUCACAUGACCUUUCUAACUACCCAAUGGGAGAGCUGGCAGACCCAUGUGUCCACCAGCAGACAGUUUAAGACUCAGUGGCAUCAGUUUAUACAGGAUGCCAGAAAGACUAUAGAUUACGUCAUGAUCAUCGAAAAAGAGCAAUUUGAGCCCUAUUUAACUGGUUACCUCGGAAACUCGCUCGAAGAAGCAGAGAAACUCCAAACAAAGCUGCAGGAGUUUGAGCCCGAGGCUCAGCGAGCAGAGGCUGAAAUUGAGGAACACUUGAAAAAUGCGGAGAUGUUGUCCAUGAAGGGCGACACGCGUGGACAGAAGGAACAGAUCGUGAACGAGCUUAUUAAGGUUCACCAGAGAUUCCACGCUAGAAUACACGAGUACCAGAUACUCCUAAAGAUGACCAUACAGUUCUUCAAGAACUUAGACCAACUGGACAAACUUAUUGAGAGAACCGAACAUGAAUACCUAGAAUCCGAACUGCCCUCGGACUUGAACCGGGCAGAAUCCAUGUUAGAGGAACACAAACGGAAGAAACAGGAGAUAUCCCACCUCAUAAAUUACACCGCAGAUGAGGGAGAGAAAAUUGUGGUCCGCGUCCGACAAACUGAUGCGGAGGCAGUUGCUAAGGACGAUGUACAGAAGGUCCUGGGAGCAGCGGACGAGUACAGGUCUCGCUGGAACAAUACGUGGGAAGAACAAGAACGACGACUCCGCCAGAACCUGCAGAUAUGCCAGUUCAACUUUGACCUCAGACAGAUCCAUUCUGAGAUUGAUGAACUGCACCACCACCUGCAGGCCAGACGCGGUUCCUAUGGUAACAGCAUGGGAGGGGCCCAGAUGACCUCCCAGGCCUUCAAACAGUUUGAGAUGACUGUUGAGAUAAUUGAGAAGAAGAUCCAGAACUUUACCAGCACAGCGGAGCUGAUGGUUGAAGAUGAGCAUUACGACUCGAUGCACAUUAAACGAGAAAUUGACAUGCUGAACACAAAAUGGACGACGUUCCACACGAGUGUUCGUGACUACCGGGACAUGCUCGAUACAUCCAUCGAGUACUUCAAGCUUGUUGAGGAGAGUGAGCAAUGGAUGAUAGAAGGCAAUAACCUGCUUACCUCCCUUGGCCAGAGAGCCAGACAGUGCAGAAACCCCUCAGACGUGGAUGGAUUGAUCCAGCCUCUACACAGAUUUGUGGAGGAGGGCAAACCAUUGCAAGAAGAUAGGUUGAAACAAGUCUCUGAACUCGCUGUACAGCUCUAUGGUGAUGAGGGCCCAAGCCGGGUACAUAACAUCCAUGUGCAGUACCAGGACUUGAUGCAGAACUGCCAACAAGCCGACAACGAGGUCUCAAAACUCAAACACAACCUGGAGCAGCCAGCCCAGGAACCGGCCAUGGAACAGUUUGUUCCCAUGGAAGUUACUGUGACAGCGGAGGCCCCACCCCGUCCUCCACGCAUCACCCAGCACCUGAAGAAUGCUGAGGUCAUGGAGGGAACUAAGGUGGUAUUUGAGGUCCACAUUGAGUCUGAGAUCUCCUUCGAGGUUCGCUGGUUCAAGGACAGUCUGCCCCUGAACAGCCCCGACUACGAGACCCGGCUAGAAAAGAAUGUUGCCUCGCUCAUGAUUGAGGAAACAUUUUCCGAAGACACUGCCCGAUACACAGUCAAGGUCAACAAUGGUGUAGGAGAGGUCGAGUCCUCCGCUUACUUACAUGUCAAAGAGACCCAUCAGCAAAUAAUUCCGCCAGAGUUCACAAAGUACCUUAAGUCUGUUGAUGCUCUGGAAGGCAGCCCCUUUGCCUUCGAGUGUCACAUUAUGGGUAUCCCCUCGCCAGCCAUUAGCUGGUACAAGGACGAGAUCAACAUUGACAAUUCCCCCGAUUACGUCAUUACCAAAAUCAACAGCACAUGCUGCCUUAAGAUUAAGAAGGUUACACGAGAACACAGUGCACGUUACACGUGCCGUGCAAACAACCCUGGAGGCGAGGCCGCCUCCUCAGCUAGGCUGACUGUCAUUCCUGCCCAGACACCAGUAAUCCAGCAGCCACUACGCGAUGUGGUUGGAGCGGAGGGUAGACCAGUCCGGCUGGAGAUUGUAUUCUCUGCGAGCCCGCCACCUCAGGUCACAUGGUACCGUGGCAACGAUAAACUCGUACCAUCCACACUCUACACAAUCACUAUUGAGACGACACGCUCGGUGCUUGAAAUCACUGAGGCAUACCCAGAGGACUCUGGUGACUACGCAGUAGUUAUUCGUAACCCGCUUGGCGAGGUCAGGAGUGGCUGCACAAUCACCAUUGAGAGCUUCUACUCUAGUGCUGCUGAAGAGAUGUCAGUUGCCUCCCUUGAUGAGCCAGUGGUCCCUACCUUCACCCAGCCCCUACUUCCAAGCCGCGAGGUCAUGGAGGGGGCUAGGGUCAGGCUGGAUUGUGUCCUCAUCGGAAACCCAGAGCCUGAGGUGAUUUGGUACCACAAUGAUAAACCAGUCAAGGAGUCAUCUGACAUUCAGCUCCUGUUUGAGGGAGACAGAUGUACACUCGUUAUCCGAGAGGCAUACAUCGAGGACGCCGGACAUUACCGCGUCGCCGCCAAGAAUGAGAACGGACUGGCAGAGAGCGCCUGCAAACUGCAUGUGGAGCCUCUCAGUGAACUCAGCGAUGCGUCUAUGACAGGGGAGAUAAGUGCCCCCAAGUUUACCCAGCUGCUCCGUGACGUCACAACCUCUCAAGGUCAACGUGUGACCUUACAGUGUAGGGUUCAAGGUCAUCCCAUGUCCAGCCUACAGUGGUUCAAGGACAACAAACCUAUUGAGUCCAGCAAUGACUUCCAGGUGACAGCGUUUGCGGACGUGCACAAUCUGACAAUCCCAGAAUGCUACGUUGAAGACGGAGGCAACUACAUGGUGAAAGCUACAAACAAGGCUGGGGAGGCGAAAUGUUAUGCCAAACUCACAGUCAGAGAUGCUCCUCAGGAGUUGAUGAAGAGCGUGGAAACUCGCCGUACGCGGACCGAGAUUACCCAUUCUCCACCUGAGUUCCUUAAGCUGUUCCAGGACAAGGUCGUACGUCCCGGAGAUUCUGUUACCAUGGAAUGUGUCAUCGUGGGCAGUCCAAAACCAAAGGUAUCGUGGUUUGUAAACGGAGAACCAGUUGUAUCCCAGGACUACCAGAUCACCAUGGAGGGAGACAGGUACUUGCUCCACAUCCCAGAGGUGUUUGACGAAGAUGCAGGCCGGUUCUCUGUUACCGCGGAAAACCCGUCUGGCAAGGCAACAUGCUCCGGAAUGCUGCACGUAGAGGAGCCACUCACAUCACAGCCCAUGCCUCUCGUAAAAACAAGGACGUUUGAGGCUACCACUGGCAAAAACCAGUACUCCUCCACCGAGACACUUACCACGACUGAGACACGCAUUUCACGACGCUCCAUCACUGAAGUACGCCAGGAUGGACCAACAUACAUCCCCUCAUCAGAGGAGCACGCCGAGACCAUCGUCACCGACGUCAGACCGAAAUAUGAAACUUACCCCGAAAUACAGACGAAAGAGAAGUACUCUACAACAAUAACGACCGAUAUGCAGCCCAAGUAUCAACCGGUCGAUUUGACAAUUUCUGUGCCGAUUCCUCCAAAGUUCCUUCAGGCCCUGAAGAAUGUGACCACCAUGCAAGGAAGCAAGGUCACCUUUGAGGGAGUCGUAACUGGCAAGCCAGAACCCACCAUUAAAUGGUUCAAAGAGGGCAAGAACCUUGCCGACGGCCCCGACUUCCAGAUCUCUUACAAGGACGGGCGCGUGUCCCUCAUGAUUCCAGAGACCUUCCCAGAGGAUGCAGGAAAAUACAUGUGCAAGGCUACUAGCAUGGCUGGAUCUGCAUCUAGCUCAGCCGAGCUCAUUGUCCGAGCCUCAGUGAUCCCACCCAGCUUCACAGAGAGGCUGUAUGACAUCUCUAUCCGAGAGGGUGAACCUGUCAAGUUGAUCGUAAGAGUGGCAGGUCAGCCCGCCCCUGAGGUCACAUGGUACAGGGAAGGCCAACAACUGGUCAGCUCUCCAGACUUUGAGAUUGUACAGGAGGGAGACAUUCACUCACUGUACAUACCCGAGGUGUUCUAUGAGGACGCUGGCAAGUUCACAGUCAAGGCCAAGAACCCUGGAGGACAGGCUCAGGUUACAGCCAACCUGAUUGUUGAAGGUGGAACUGCCGAGGUAUCCAUCGAAGAAAUCAAACCCGUGAGUGAAGCCCGCGAAGUGUUUGAGCCCAGCCGGGCACCUGGCGCUAAAUCUGCACCCAAACGCCCGCCUCCCGAGGUACCACCAAAAUACAGUAAGAGAGAGCCAGAGAGGUUCACGGAUCAAGUCAAGAUGGAAGUGGUGGACCAAAAACCGCUUCCUGUGUCCCAGAAGAGAAUUCCGGUCUACGGAGUUCCUGUUGAAGAACCAGUCUAUGAGCCAGAAAAGAAGGUCCAGUCUAGCACAGAAAUGAGGCUGCCCAAGUUUGGUGUGCCCAUUGAGGAGACAGCACCACCAACCAAACAAACCCUUUACCUGAAGGAGAAACCCAGAUUCAUCAAGCCUUUACAUGACCAGAAGAUGAAGGAAGGUCAAAAAGUCAGACUUGAUGUGACCUUCAAAGGUCAGCCAGAGCCCAUUGUUAAAUGGUACAGAGAUGAUGCCGAGAUCCAAAGCUCAGCCGACUUUGAGAUCACGUAUACGAACGAGGGGACGUCCUUGACGAUCCCAGAGGCAUUUGUUGAGGAUUCUGGGAGAUUCAAAUGUGUCAUCACAAAUGCGGACGGUUCAGCUACAUCUGAGUGCAACCUCGCAGUUAUGCCUGCCCAGGUGCCAGUCACCGAGAAAUUCGUCCCAGAAAUUGCUGGACCUCGGGAAGAGAGAAUCCCAUCACCGAUUGAAGCUGUAAAACCAACAUUUAUUGAGCAGCUCCAGACGAGACGACUCAUUGAGGAUACCAACCUUGUACUGGAUACAUACGUGUCCGGUCAGCCAUUCCCAGACGUCUACUGGACCAAGAAUGGACAACUAAUCAAACCUGAUAAUAGACACAAGAUCACAAUUGAUGACAAGACUGGCCAGUGUACGCUGAUCAUAUUCCAAUGUCAGCCAGAGGACGCAGGAGAUUACACAUGUAAUGCUGUGAACCCAGUAGGGGAGACGGCCACUACUGCAACCAUACUCCCUGUGGAGAAAAAACUGCCGACAGCUCCACCAUUGCCGGCAUCUAUGCCACCAACCUUGCCGUUCGACCAGGAGGUCCUUCAGAGAUCCAUGCAGCCUCGACGAACUGAGAGGGACUUCUUCAUCCCACGCUCUGAGCGUAUUCUUGAGAGCAACGUUGGUUACCGGCUCUCACAAUCUGAGAAAGAGGAACCAGAAUAUCAGCCAGUCUCAGAAGACGGAGGAAAACCGUUCCAGGUAUCUGGCUUUGAAGAUCGCCUUAAAGAAGAUAUCCAAUAUCGGGACGGCAAGGUCCGCUUUGCCAGCGAGACAGAAACUUCUGAGUAUGACUCAGAGGUGCCUAGUGACAUGCCAGAAUGCCCACCACAGAUUGUUCAACCAAUGAAAGACUUUAAACUUAUCGAGGGGGCUGAUGCGACCUUUAUUAGCAGAAUCAUCGGGAAACCCCGACCCAAGGUGGCUUGGUACAAAGAUGGCCACCGAGUGAAGCGAUCAAACCGUUAUGAGAUCAAAUAUGAUCGGGAUGGUUUCUGCACGCUGCGUAUUCGUGUGGCACUCCCUGAAGACGCGGGAUACUACACUGUGCUUGCUGUCAAUGCUUUUGGCAAGGAUACGUGCUCCAGUGAGCUGUUUGUGGAGACUGUUGGAAAUAUUGACGCCACCUCGUUUGUACAGCCAGAGACAUUGGACAGGAUACUGAGAAGAGAUUCUAGUCGUGUCCCCACAGAUCAGCCACAGGAUGUGGGUGGGGUAUUUGAGUCGCAACUUAAGCCCCAGUUUAAGAUGAAGCCCACCGACAGCGAGGUGCGGGAGGGUCACAUGGUCCGGUUCGACACCCUCGUAACCGGCCGCCCCGCCCCCGACAUCACAUGGUUCUGUAAUGAUCAGAAGGUCCAACCAGACUACACACAUAAGAUGGUUGUAAAUGAGGACGGCGUUCACUCUUUGAUCGUCACCAAGGCCGCUCCCCAGGACGCAGGGGUCUACACCUGUCUGGCCGAGAACAAGGGGGGACAGUCCUCCUUUAACGUCACCCUCAGAGUUCUUGAGCGAGAACAGAUGCAGCCUCCCAAGUUUGUGGAGCGUAUGCAGAACUACACCAUCCGUGAAGGUCAGUCAGUGACCUUGACCGCCCGGGCAGUGGGCACACCCACACCCAUGAUGAGCUGGCAGAAGAAUAACCGCAUGCUGACGCCCAGCAAGGACUACAAAAUGGAAAUAGAGAAUGGCCGAGCAGUGCUGUACAUCGAGAAUGCCAAGAAGACAGACGCUGCCUGGUUCCAGUGCACCGCCUCAAAUGUUGCCGGGUCAGCUUCAUGCAGGGCCAAACUGGUCGUAGAACCUGAGCCAAUCAAGAAAGAGGAAGCAGCUCCCAAAUUCACAGUUGUACCCAGACAAACUUCACCCCACUAUGAGAUUCAAUCAGAGGGCCCCGUACAGGAAAUCUCGUACGUAAAGGACGGAGACAGUGCCGUUCUGAGGCUCAUCAGGGAGGAAGAGCUUUCCAGCACCACCCCCUACAGUUCCUUGUCAUCGGAGUCACCAGAGGGUGCGUCUCCCUUCUCCACCCUGGGGCGCCCUGGGGUCAAACCCCCACCCCCUACCCCUGUUUGUGCUUCCAUUGAAGCUUCACCAGAGUUGAGGCGCAAGAGGAUGCCCUACCAGAAACUGGAGAAACCCGAGCCUCUCACAGCCCCAAUGGAGGUUGACGGGGAGGAGGAGACAAAACCACCCAGCGUUUCUGAAGCCCGGGCUCGUUUUGACGUCCCAGACUCCACUGAACCUCGCAAGAAGAUCUCUAAGAUGGACUUUAUGCCUGCUGCACCAACUGGACCACCCAAAAUGCCAGUGGCUGCUAAGAAAGAGCCCAAGCCCGUUCCAGAGGUGAUGCCAAAGAAAACUGCACCACCUACAUUCCAGCCCGUAAAACCACCAGCCAAGACGCCCGAACAACCCGCUAGAUCCACCAAGAAAAGCCCUUCACCAAGCUAUGAGCUCCAAGUGGAAGGUCCAGUUCAGCAAAUCAGCUACGUGUCUGACACUGAGUGUGGAUAUGUCCGUGUGGUGUCUGAGGAAGACCUAGAUUUUAGAAGACGUGAGGAGCCACAGAGAGCCCUACCUAAACCUCAGGUCCCCAUUUCAGAAGAGGAAGAACGCAAAGUGCAUGCGCCCCAAAAAAUAGCGCCCACAAAAGCUCCCAAGCCCAAGAAGGGUGGAGCGUUUGUUCACUUCAAGCCAGAGAUGCCAGAUUAUUCUAGCGCACCAGAGACACCAAGUAAAACUGCAAAGAAUGUGGAACUUAAGGUUCCGCCAAUGGUCAAACCAAAACCAAAACGCAAGGCUGACUCCCCUGAAAGUCACUAUGACAUCCAAGAGAAAGGCUACGUUCAGGAGAUACACUAUGUAUCAGAUACAGAGAUGGGCUCUCUACGUCUGGUUAACUACUCCACAGAGGAAGAACUUACGAGGGCGGAUGAAAUGUUUCCCAAGAUCGAACCACAAAUUCCGGCCUCUCUGGAGACCAAAUACAAGCUCUUCAGGCCUCAGAAACCCCCAUCACCAAAAGAAAGGCGCCGAUUUACCACAAGAAAAACACCAUCUCCGCCCAAAGAAAAGACAAGCAAAUCUGAUACAGAACUUAAAAAAGUUCCUCCGCCCGUAAAACCAAAACCCUCACGCCCACAAGUGAAGGCCCAGGAUAAACAGAAGCCCUAUAUUUGGCAACCCUCACCCAUCCCUAUAGACACUGAUUCUAGGGUCAAAAAAUUUGACACACCUGUCGAACCAGUCUCUGAAACUGUUGAGACCAAGGUUUCUAAGAAGACAUUUGUAAUUGAUACAAAGCCAUCCCCUAAAUGUUUUGGAGCAACAGCAGUUCAAGCUCCAAUGUAUAAGCCCAUUGAUAGAAAAAUUACCACACUUGAAGCUCAGAAAACAGUCAAACCAGAUGUUGAAGAGACUGUAGAGACUAAGAAAACUGAAAAAAGGGUCACAAUUGAUACAAAGCCAUCUCCAAAACCAUUUGGAAUGACAGUUGAAACUCAUGGGUACAGACCCAUUGAAAGAAAGAUAACAAGAAUUACCACUGAAACUAAGCCUGAGAUUAAAGCUCCUGUUGAACCAAUUGUAACUGACACAUAUGAUGUUAAGAGAUUUGAAAAGAGGGUCGAACAUGAUGUUAAGACCUCUACAAAAUCUUUGAGGUUAUCUCCGAAGCAUAAACCUGAAAGAAAGAUAACCAGAAAGUCUGUAGAAACAAGAGCUCGGGUUGAACCAGCAACUAAGCCUUAUGAAGUGACUUUUGAUGUUCCUGAUUAUGUCACUGAUAAAAGAGUAAGGCGAGACAUUAGAGGAACUAGAUCUGAGACAACAACAAGGUCAGAGACCAGAGUGGUUGUAGUUUCUGGUACAUCCGGUGAUGAAUCAGAUGCCUCUUACUUCAGGAAGCAUGUCAGAAUUAGGAAAAUUCACGCACCCACUCCAGAUAGACUGGUUAUUGGGGGCGAAUAUUUCCCCAAACUUGUGCCAAAAACUAAGCGGGUGAGGGUACGAAAGCAGCGUAAACCUAAGAGUUCAACCUAUGAACCAGUCCCUUAUGUAUCUGGGCCUUCGUCUUAUGUGGUGGCUGGAAGACACGAUGUAUUAAUGGCUGCUGAGGCAUGGAAUAGGGAUGUUGACCAUGAAAGCGCAGUGCGAGAGUAUAUUAGGCGUGAAGGCGAGGCACCCAGGCCUGAAGACCUUUACCACAAAAACCAGGAGCAACCACCUGUGUUCCGCACUGAGAUAAAGAACUUUGUUACCCUGAAGGAAAAUGAGCCAAUUCACUUUGAGUGUAAGCUGGUUCCUAUUGGUGACCCGCACAUGAAGGUGGACUGGUUCAAGGAUGGACAGCCACUGCAGUUUGGUCACCGGUACAAGCCAAGCUACGAAUUUGGCUUCGUCUCCCUCGACAUUCUAUAUAUGUACCCAGAGGACUCUGGAGUGUACACUUGCCAAGCUACAAACCAGUACGGCACCACAGAAACGAGCAGCGAGGUCCGUUGCCGUGGACGACAGUCAAUUAUCUCUGACACCCAGUUGCCAGGCGAGGGAGCCAUCAGGCUGCAGGAAAUGGAGGAGAUUCGCAGAAUUCAGACGACCUUGGAGGAAGAGGCAAUAGAGGAGCCCAAGGUCAGAUGCCCACCAGGUAUUGACCUGAAGCCCGAGCCUGUGGAGGUACAAGAGGGGGAGCCCGCUAAGUUCCUGGUCAAGGUCAGCGGUCACCCACGACCCCGAGUCAACUGGUUUGUGAAUGGAUGCCUUAUUGUUGGGGGCACUAGACACAAGGUCACCUAUGAUGGAAUGAUGCACUACCUUGAGAUACCCCGAGCCCGUGAAACUGACGUGGGACAAGUUCGAGUAGUCGCCCGUAACAGUGAGGGUGAGGCAGAGGCCUCUACAACAUUCAGCGUGAUUCCCCAUGAUGAUUGGAGGUCCAAACUGAGGCAGGCACCCAAAGGAGACAUACAGAUUGAACUAGACAGACGAGCUAAGAUAGACCUGAAACAUCCCAAGGUCACCGAGUACAAGGUCAAACAGACAGAGAAUGUUGGCGAUAAGGAAAUCACCAUAAGCCAGUUUGACCGAGAGACCGUUAUCACAGAACAGCAAUACAUCACGACACACCGCGAGCUGCGCCCAGUUAAACAACCCGAGGAGCGCGAAAUGCCUGCUCGGGUGGUUCGCCCAGAUCGCCCAGAGAUCCAACUGGAGAUCCAGCAAGCCCGGAUGGUCCCUAUCAUUCCUGAGCCUGCUGAGCCCAAGAGAGGGGAACCGGAAGUGUCCGAACACCAGGUGCUGCUUGAGCGCAGGGAACCACCCGUGUUCUCCAAGCCUCUCAGACCAUGCAGGGUCACAGAGGGGAAACCUGUACACUUGGAGGUACAUUUCAAGGGGUAUCCACCCCCUCUGAUCACCUGGUAUCGUGACAACUUCGAGAUUCACCCGUCACAUGACUUCCAAAUCACAUCAACCGAGACGACAAGCAAGCUCAUGAUUCCCGAAGUUUUCCCUGAAGACACAGGAAUGUUCACGGUCAAGGCCUACAAUAUGUAUGGCAUGGUCCAAUGCAAGGCCCGCCUGACAGUUGUAGAGGAAGAGGAACCUACCCGUGACGUUCCCCCGGAGUUCAGGAACCUGAUCAGAGACAGUCAGGUGCUUGAAGGAGAACCAGCCACAUUUGACUGCAAGGUGUCUGGACAUCCCAGACCCACUGUUCACUGGGAGAAGGAUGGUAAACCCAUGGAAGACAACCCGCAGAUGAAGUUCAUCCACGAAGAUGACAACUACACUCUACUCAUAUACGAGGUGCGAGCCGAGGAUGCUGGGAAAUAUGCCUGCGUUGCCAUUAACAACGUCGGCAAGGCUACGUGUACCGCCAGCCUUAAUGUUCAAAUUCCAGUACAAUCCCCAGAGACUGUACAACCAUUGGAGGAGGCCCUCCGUGCUCCUGAGUGCACCCAGCCACCCCAGAACCUCGUCAUUGAUGAGGGAGAACCCGUGACCUUCACCUGCAAAAUAACUGGAUCACCUGCUCCAACAGUGACCUGGUACCGUAAUAACCAGAUUGUCAAGCCAUCCAAGUACUUCCACAUGGAGUCGACACCUGACGGAGUACACAGCCUAUCUAUUCUGGAGGCUUUCCCAGAGGACACAGGCAUCUAUAAAUGUGUGGCAAGAAACAAGGCAGGGGAGACCACUGUCACUUGUCAGCUCAAGGUCUAUGGCUUGGAGAGUGAGCCUGAACAUGUGACGCCCACACAACUGGAGCAGCCGCCCCAGAUUGUCCGCCCAAUAACCAACACCCUCACGGUAGAGGGAAGCCCGGCCAAGUUUGUGGCUGAAUACUCCGGAGAGCCCCAGCCCCAGAUCACAUGGCUGAGAAACGCCCUACAGAUUCUACAGGAGACCAGAAAUAUCAAGAUUGAGACAACCAAGACUUCAACUACACUGACAAUCAAGCAAGCCUUCCCAGAAGACUCUGGACUAAUCACAUGCCGACUGAAAAACAAACUCGGCAUGACUGAGUGUUCAGCUGAACUCUAUGUGCAAGAUGCACACCAAGCCAAACUGCUGGAAGAGCGUUACAAGACGACCAUUGAGAGGUCGCCUCCAGAGUUUGUGAAACCCCUGCCCGCUGUGCGAGAAAUACAGCCUGGGGAGGCUACCAGACUUGAGGCAACAGUAGCUGCCCAGCCGCCGCCCAAGCGCUACACCUGGACAAAACAAGGGAAGGAACUACGUCCCUCCGACCGGCACCGUAUAGUACGGGAAGCCAACACAAUCAUUCUGAUUAUCUCCCCUACUGAACCUCAGGAUGUUGGCGAAUACAUCCUCCGGGUGGAGAAUGACCUUGGAGAGGUCACAUGCAGGACCACACUUACACUGCCUGCCAAGGAGAAGAUAGUACAGUUGCCAUCGACAACCAGUGACUCAAUGACCUUGACCCACACCACGACAACAGUAACCAGGGAGGAGAUUGUUACUUUGAGCACUGUUGAACCUGACCUGGUCCAGCCACUUGAGCCAGAGAUCUAUGUCAGGGAGAGAGGCAUUGCCAGACUGGAAUGCAGGAUAGACGCCUACACACCACCAAUGGUCAACUGGUUUGUUAACGGAAUGGAGAUCAAACCAUCGCCUCACUACGAGAUGCUGUACGAGGACGGGAAAUCUGUGUUACUAAUUAUAGAAGUUGGUCCUGAGGAUACGGGAGAAUACACAGUCAAGGCCACGUCUGACAAGGCGGGCGAGGUUGUCAGUAGUACUACACUCUAUGUGCAAGAGCCUGCUACAGAGGAGAUCUCCCUUCCACAACACAGGGACUCUAUUUCCAUCGAGCAGGGCCCUUCAGAAAAGAUGAUGCCCCCCAACUUUAUAAUGCCCGUCCAGUCUGUCCAGGCUGUAGAUGGUGAAGAACUCAGAAUGCCAUGCAAGGUCACUGGCAAGCCCAUGCCUCAGAUCUCGUGGUACCACAAUGGAAAAAACAUUGACCAAGAUGAGGAAUAUGUUAUAACAUACAACCCUGAGACAGGUGACAUUAGUUUGCUCAUUGUUGAAGUUUUCCCAGAAGACGAGGGUGAAUAUGUUUGUGUCGCCCACAACCCUGCUGGAGAUGCCGUUACUAGGGCAACACUGGUUGUCAUGGAACCAGCAGAAGCUCCAGUUGCUCCCGAGACAACUGAAAUGGUUGUUGAAGAAACUGAGGUCAAGAGAGUCACUGAAGAAGCACCUGAGUGUGUUCCUGAAGAUAUGGAGAUUGAGGAAGAUCAAGUAAAACCUGAAAAGAUUGAAAGACCGAAAGUGGUUCCAGUGCAGGAGACACGACCAAAGUCUCCUUCCCCUGGGCCAGAAGACUUUACCCCCAAAACUAAGCCUGUUGAAGAGAAGCCAGAAGAAAAAUCACCUGAAAUUGAAGAAGAGCAGGUUACACCUGCAAAAAAGGAGAAAGUUGAAGUUCAUGUAAGAAUGCCUGGUGAAAAGCCAGAAGUUUCUGAAGAAGAAGUAAAACCACAAGUUGUUGACAGGCCCAAACCCGUAGCUCUGGAAGAGACUAAGCCUAGAUCACCAUCUCCUGAUGUCUUUGACACUGUUGAUGCAAAGAAAACUAUAGAAAUUCCUGAAGAAACUGCUCCAGGUCCAGAAGCAGAGGAAGAAAUUAUGGAACAAGCUGUGAAACCAAAGAAAAUUGACAGACCUCUGCCCAAGCCUAUUGUGGAGGAGAAAAGGAGAGAUGAAUCUCCGAUAUAUGAAGAGAUUCCUGGCGAGGCACCUAUUUACGAGGAAAUACCAGAAAGGCCUCAACCUGAAGCGAACGAAGAAGUUGUUGAACCAACAUUAAAGACUAGAAUAAUUGAAAGACCUAAGCCAAAGUCUAUUGUAAAGGAAGAAGCUCCAGUUGAGUCUGACUUCACUGAAGAGAUCAAACCAGUAAAGGAAACACCUGAUGGAACAGAACCUAAAGUUGAAGAGGAAACUCUUGUACCAGAUCAAGUGUCAAAGAAAUUUGAGCUUCCUGAACUUAAACCGAGAGACGAAUCUCUUGACAAGAAGACAACAAGAGAUGGUGAGGAGGCACCACGAAGAAAGGAAGAAAUCCAUGUUGAAGACAUUUACCAGACCAUAGAUGAAGCCGAACAAGUUGAUGAAGUUUCUCCUGAAUUUGUUGAGCUUCUUCAGCCCCAGGUUGUAGAAGACGGUGACAGAGUCAUUCUCAAGUGCAGAGUUGUUGGAAUCCCGACACCUAUAGUGACUUGGUUCAGAGAGGGCCAGGAAAUAACACCUAGCUCAGAUUUCCAGACUGGUAUGGACACAAGUACAGGAGUUUGUGUACUGGAAAUUCCCGAAGUUUUCCCUGAGGAUGCUGGAGAAUAUGCCUGCAGGGCUGUCAACCCAUUCGGAGAUGCAGUCACCACUGCUAACCUCCUUGUAGAAGUUGCCGCAGACGAACCAUCUGAACUAUCUGACACAUCUACAGAAGCCACUACCAUACUUCUAGACCAGGAAUUCUCUAUGGAGCCAGAAAGCCCAGUGGAAGAGGCCCCAUUGAGGGCACAAGCACCUGAAGCCCCUGAGGCCCCGAAGAGGGAACAGGUUCCUGAAGCUCCUAUGGAGGAGGCCCCAACACAGGUAGCACCAGUGCCUGAGGCCCCAACAGACACAACUCCUAGAGAGGAGAAACCAGUGGUAAAGAGGGCCCCCGAGUUUGUGAGGCCUCUUGUCUCAGAUAUGGAGUUACCUGAGGGUAGUGUUGCCAAAUUUGUGAUUGAGGUAGCAGGGGAACCAUUCCCGACAGUGACCUGGUAUUUCAACCAGUCACCCAUCGAGCCUGGACCCAGAAUUCAGAUCAUCUUCGAGGACAAGAUGUGCACGCUUCUCAUAUUUAACACGCUGCCAGAGGAUUCUGGUCAAUAUGUUGUUGAAGCCCGGAAUGACGUCGGGGUGAAGACUUGCACAUCUACUCUUCACAUUACUCCCCACAAGACAAAGGAGGUUGAGUUAGUCCCCCAGCCAGGGGAGAGAACUAGCUUUCUGUACACCGAUGAAGAAGAGGAGACAACUGUUAAACGCCCCGUGUUCGAGUCUGACUACGCCUUCACCAGCGAGGAUGAAACUCCAGAGGACCAGCUGAUAGCACCUCACUUCACCCAGCUUCUGCAGCCCAAGACUGUCAAGGAUGGUCAGCAGCGUGUGGAACUUGUCGUCCGUUUCCGGGGCCGACCAUCACCACGGAUACGCUGGUUCCAUAAUGGCCAGGAGGUGAUAAAGAGCACAGACAUUGACAUUGUCAUCGAUUACGCCACUGGAACUAGUAUGCUGAUUAUAAUCGAGGUUUUCCCAGAGGAUGAAGGGGAGUACACAUGUGUCGCCUCUAACAAACUCGGGGAAACCAUCACAACCUGCAGGCUCACUAUUGUUGGUCCGGAAGAGGAAGUUUCCUCCUCUGAAUCCCACAAGGAGACAAUUGAGAUCCAGCAUGAACCUCGACCUGCCACCGAGGAUGUGCCUGAGAGAACUCGCGUUACCAAGACAAUACUACUAGAAGAUGAUUCUAUGGUCGUACCAGAAGAGACAACCCACACCGAAGCCAUCAGAAUUGACCGGCCCAAACAAGCUAUGGUUCCCGCAGACAGGGCCUUUUCAGAGAAAGUCAAGGUCAUACCAUCUGCCCCUGGGCAGAAAAAGCCUGGCCCUGCAGUGGAGAUCAGGAUAGGGGUUCCCAAGACAACCCCAUCCACUACGGGUGAAAAGGUCACUGAGACAACCACAUACACGACUGUUACCAGCCAAAUACAGGAGCAGCCAGAGGAUCUUCCUGAGAUAAAGGAAGGGAAGGAGACGAGAAAAACCACCAUUAUCUUUGACCAGCCAGGCAAACAGCAGCCUAUCAUGGUCCAGGUGCCAGAGCAGCCCAUUCUAGAAGAUGUUGUCUCAGCAACUGAGAAAACCACUACAACCAUCACCAAGCAACUGAGAAUUCAGGAGAUGGAGCCAAAGGAAACACCAGAAUCCCACACCGAGACAAUCGAGAUUAGACGUGAAUCUCCACCUCAGGAGGUUGAACUUCUUGUAUCGGUUCCUAAGCAACCAAAGAGGGAGACUACUGUUGUUUCUAUGGAUACCAAGGAACAUCCCCAGCCUCAGACAAAGAGAAUUGAGGUUGAAAUCCAGGAGGCUGUGACAACUAAAAUGCUGAAGCAGACAGAAAUCAUUAUCCCAAAGACUGAGACCACAGUCUCUGAAGUUCAGAUCGUAGCUCAAAAACCACAGGUAGAAGCCACGAGACCAACUGAUGAAAUGAUUGAAGAAACUCGUCCAACUAUUGAAGUUGCUAAGAGAGUAGUACCAGAAGAGGCUAAACCUACUGAAAAAGAGCAGAUAGAUAUUGACAUCAAGCCAAAACCUGUACAGCAAGAGAUAGUGUUUGAAAUUGCUGCUCAGCCUGAAAAACCUGAAGAGGUUGCUCCAAUGGAAGUUGAGGUGCCAGCUCCUUCUCAGCCUAUGGAGGUUGAAGAGAGAAAAACAAUCACAGUGAAACCUGCUCCUGAACAAGAGACAAGAGCCCCGGAAGAUGAGAUCAAAAUAUCAGAAAGGGAUACAAUUGAAAUCGUGAAACUUCCUGAAGAUCAAACCAUGGAGGUUGAAAUUGAAGUGUCUGAUAGAGCACCUGUUGUCACUGAGACUUAUCAAAUUGAUACAGUGACUAGAGAAACAACCACUGUUGAACAGGUGGUUCCAGAAGUGACUGAAACUCAUAAAGAAGAAAUCAGCCUUGAUGUUACUGGUAAACCCAUGGAAGAGGUUCAGCUAACAGUUCAGGUUCAACCAAGGGAAAAACAAGUGCCUGUUACAAAAGAGGUCAAAGACACUGAGACUGUUACUGAAACAAUCACUGAGAUUAUCCAACUGCCUGAACAGGAAGAAACACCCCAGAAAGAUGCUCCAUUUGAAACUGAAGAAAAGCCACUUGAAGGUGUUGAACUGACUAUUGACCUACAGGAAAGACAGAUUACUGAAACUGAAGUUGUGUCCACAACUGAGAAAACUGAUGUUACUGAAGUGACCACUGUUGAAAUACCAUCUGUAACCGAGGUUUCAAGGGAGGAGAUAACUCUUGAAGUUGAAGACAAACCUAAAGAGGUAACAAUGAUCAUUGAGGUUCCUUCUGAGAAAGAAGUGCCAGUGACUGAAGAGACAACUACUGUUGAAACUACAACCAUUACAAAAGUAGAAGUGAAAGGGGUUCCAACAGUGGAAGAAACAUUUAAAGAUGAAGUGACGCUUGAUAUUCAGAAGAAACCAGAAACUGUGCAAAUGGAAAUUGAAAUUCCUACCUCUGAACAGGAAGUACCAGUUACACAAGAAACCACAACCAUUGAGACUUCAACAAUUACAAAGGUAGUUGAAAAGGAACUGCCUGAAGUCCAAGAGAAACACAAGGAAGAAGUCACUGUUGUAACCCAAGAGAGACCCAAUGAAGAAGUACAGUUUACAAUUGAAAUCAAGGACCAAGAAGCUCCUGAAAUCACUGAAGUCACGCAGAUGGACACGACAACAGAAACUGUCACUAAGACUUUUGAAGUUCCAACAAUGGAAGAAACCUUUAAAGAUGAAGUAAUGCUUGAUAUACAGAAGAAACCAGAAACUGUUCAGAUGGAAAUUGAAAUUCCUACCUCUGAACAGAAAGUACCAGUUACACAAGAAACCACAACCAUUGAGACUUCAACAAUUACAAAGGUAGUUGAAAAGGAACUGCCUGAAGUCCAAGAGAAACACAAGGAAGAAGUCACUGUUGUAACUCAAGAGAGACCCCAUGAAGAAGUACAGUUUACAAUUGAAAUCAAGGACCAAGAAGCUCCUGAAAUCACAGAAGUCACACAGAUGGACACGACAACAGAAACUGUCACAAAGACUUUUGAAGUUCCAACAGUGGAAGAAACCUUUAAAGACGAAGUAAUGCUUGAUAUACAGAAGAAACCAGAAACUGUUCAGAUGGAAAUAAAAGUUCCAACUACUGAAAAAGAAGUGCCAGUCUCUCAAGAGACUACUACGAUUGAAACAACUAUGAUUACUAAAGUAGUUGAAGAAGAAUUACCAAAAGUUGAAGAGAAACACAAAGAAGAAAUCACAAUUGUAACUGAAGAAAGGCCAUCAGAAGAAGUACAGUUCACAUUUGAAAUCAAAGAUCAACAAGCACCUGAAGUAACAGAAGUCACUCAGAUGGACACAACUACAGAGACUGUCACAAGAACAUUUGAAGUUCCAACUGUUGAGGAAACAUUCAAAGACGAAGUAACCCUUGAUAUUCAAAAGAAACCUGAAACUGUUCAAAUGGAAAUUGAAAUUGAAACUUCUGAGAAAGAAGUACCAAUUACUGAAGAAACUACAACCAUUGAAACAAGUACAAUUACUAAAGUAGUUGAAGAAGAAUUACCAGAAAUUAAGGAAAAACACAAGGAAGAGAUCACAAUAGUUACUGAAGAGAAACCUCAAGAGGAAGUUAAGUUCACAUUUGAAAUCAAGGAUCAACAAGUACCUGAAGUAACAGAAAUCACUCAGAUAGACACAACUACAGAGACUGUCACUAAAACAAUUGAAGUGCCAACAGUUGAAGAAACAUUCAAAGAUGAAGUGACUUUUGAUAUACAGAAGAAACCAGAAAUGGUUCAAAUGCAGAUUGAAGUACCAGUCACUGAAGUCACAAAAGAAACAGUUGAAGUAUCAACUGUUGAAGAAACCUUUGAAGUUCCUGAAGAGCAGGUAUCUGAAAAAGAAACUCACAAAGAGGAGAUUCAAUUAGACAUACAGGGCAAGCCUCAGCAGCUGCAAGAGAUAGAGAUCAAGAUACCAACAGAGGUCGAAGAAAAACCAAUGGAAGAGAAGGAGAGUCCAAAAGAAACAACAAAAGAAUCAAGCCCGAAGGAAGAACAACCUCAGUUACAAGCACCCACCACUGAAGAAAUCUUUGACACUUUUGAAGUGGUUGAGGUAGGGGCCCCUGAGUUCACAUGGGAUUUGAUUUCUCUGAAGGUCAUGGAUGGGGAAGAAGCGAAUUUCAUGUGUGAGGUCAAGGCCGAACCAACCCCAGAAAUCUCCUGGUUCCAUGAUGACAAACCUAUUGCAGAGAAUCAGGACUUCAGAAUCACAUUCGAGCCCGAGAGUGGGAAAUGCAGCCUACUGAUUGUAGAGGUAUUUCCACAGGAUGCUGGAGAAUACCGCUGUGUUGCUGUUAACGAGAAGGGCCAGGCUGUUUCUACUGCCACUUUGGAGGUUGAAUCAUAUGAGUAUGUAGCUGACACAGAAGAGGCUUCAGACUCCGUGCAGUCUUCCGUGGACGCAAUGUCUCCCAGACCAGUUCUGGAGUCGGAUACAGAGACGACUGAAGCACGUAGACACAUGCUGGAAGAAAUGGAGGAAAUGCAGGACCGGAUCCACGCCAUAUUCUCUGGAGUGAGGGAUGAAAUUGAUGCUGACUUGCAAGAGUCUGAAUCAAGGAGAGAAGAAAUUAUGAGUACCAGUCUACACGAAGACCAGCUCCCUGAAGAUGUAGAUGACAUUGAUGAAGAACAGCCUGAUCAAGUUAGUCCUACUGAGGAAGGUAAAGUUGAGGAAGCACCAGUUGAAGAGAUUCCAGAGUCCAAAACUGAGGAAACUCCUGAAGAAGUGAGUGUUGAAACUGCUGAAGAAGUACCUACAAAGCCAGAAGAGGUUAUUGCACCGACUGAAGAAAAACCUGAUUUAGCUGAAGCUGCUAUGGAAAUUCCAGCUGAAACUAAAGCUGAGGCUGUAGUUGAAGAGGCUGAGCAGACAGUUGUUGCUGAGGUUCAGCCUGAAGAGAAAGAUGAAGUACAACCAGUUGUUGAAAAAGAUCUUGAAAAAGCUGACGCUGAAAAACCUGUAACUAAAGCUGACAUUAUGGCUGAAACUGUUGAGCAACCAGAAACAAUUGUCCUGUAUGAGAAAUCUUCUGAAACAGUUACUGAAAUGGUGGAGGAAAUUGAAAUUGUGAAACCAGAAGAGACAAAACCAGAAUCAAAGUCAGAUGUCAUUGAAGAAAGGGUAGAACAGCCAGAAACUACUGAAGUAGACAAAAAACCUGAAGAAGAAGCAAGACCCACUGAAGUUGAAACCAUUACAAUCAAGCCUUCUCUUAAAAAGCCUGAAACUGCACAGAUUGAUUUAGAAGUACAGGAACAACAACCAGAGGAAACAGUAACUGUUUCUGAAACAACCACUGAAACAACAGUGACAACAGAAAUCAUUCAGGACUUUGCUCAACCCAAGGAAAGAAAACAAGAACAAUUCAAUGUAGAAAUUGUAACUGAAGCUCUUGAUAUGCCAGACACAAUUGAAGUAACAGAAACAACAACAGAGAAGACAACAAUUACAGAAGUUGUUCCUGAGGUUUCUCAGCCUGAUUCGCAAAAACCAGUCGAGUUUCAAGUGAAAAUCUCAAGUGAUGAGAUUGAAAAACCAGAAAUUGUUGAAGUUGGUGAAAUGCCAACUGAAAAGACUGAUACAUCAGAGGUGACAAUUGAUGUCGCCAAACCAGAGAGAAAAGAGACUGAAGAAUAUAAGGUUGAGAUUACCUCUGAUACAACAGAGGAAGAAGGAGUUGUUGAAGUGUCUGAAACUCCUUCAGAAACAACUGAAACCUCUGAAAUUGUUAUUGACAUUGCAAAACCUGACAAAAAAGAGCCUAUUGAAAUGAAAACAGAAGAAAUACUUGAGGCUGUUGAAAAGCCAAAAGUGACUGAAGUAACUGAAUUGCCAUCAGAGACAACAGAAACAUCUGAAGUAGUUGUUGACAUUGGAAAACCUGAAAAGACAAAGCCAGAAGAAUUCAAAGUAGAGAUAAUAACUGAAAUGGCUGAAACUCCUGAAAUGACAGAUGUUUCUGAAACCCCAGCUGAAACCACACAGUCCUCAGAAGUUGUUAUUGAUAUUGUUAAACCUGACAAGAAGCAACCAGAAGAAUUCAAGGUUGAAAUUGUAACUGAGACUCCUGACAAACCAGAAGUUACUGAAAUCAUGGAGGCACCAAAAGAAACAACAGAAAUGUCUGAGGUUACUAUUGAUGUUACAAAACAGGAAAAGGGACAACUUGAAGAAUUCAAGGUUGAAAUUGUCACUGAGUCUGCUGACAAGCCCGAAAUAAUUGAAAUUACAGAGGCACCGAAAGAGACAACAGAAACCUCAGAGGUUGUAAUUGACAUUACAAAGGCUGAAAAGAAACAACCUGAAGAAUUCAAAGUUGAUAUUGUCACUGAAACCUCUGACAAACCAGAAGUGACAGAAAUUACUGAAGCACCCAAAGAAACUACGGAAACAUCAGAAGUUGUAAUCGAUAUAUCAAAACCAUAUAAGAAACAACCUGAAGAAUUCAAGGUUGAAAUUGUCACCGAGACUGCUGACAAACCAGAAGUUACUGAAAUCCCAGAGGCACCAAAAGAAACAACAGAAACCUCAGAAGUUAUUAUUGAGGUUACAAAACAGGAAAAGAAACAACCUGAAGAAUUCAAGGUUGAAAUUGUCACUGAGACUACUGACAAGCCUGAAAUAAUUGAAAUCACAGAGGCACCAAAAGAGACAACAGAAACAUCUGAGGUUGUAAUUGACAUAACACAGGCUGAAAAGAAACAACCAAAAGAAUUUAAAGUUGAUAUUGUCACUGAAUCCUCUGACAAACCAGAAGUGACAGAAAUUACUGAAGCACCCAAAGAAACUACAGAAACAUCAGAUGUUGUAAUUGAUAUUUCAAAACCUGAUAAGAAACAACCUGAAGAGUUCAAGGUUGAAAUUGUCACUGAGGCUGCUGACAAGCCUGAAAUAAUUGAAAUCACAGAGGCACCGAAAGGGAUGACAGAAACCUCAGAGGUUGUGAUUGACAUUACAAAGGCUGAAAAGAAACAACCUGAAGAAUUUAAAGUUGAUAUUGUCACUGAAUCCUCUGACAAACCAGAAGUGACAGAAAUUACUGAAGCACCCAAAGAAACUACAGAAACAUCAGAAGUUGUAAUCGAUAUUUCAAAACCUGAUAAGAAACAACCUGAAGAAUUCAAGGUUGAAAUUGUCACUGAGACUGCUGACAAGCCUGAAAUAAUUGAAAUCACCGAGACACCGAAAGAGACAACAGAAACCUCAGAGGUUGUAAUUGACAUUACAAAGGCUGAAAAGAAACAACCUGAAGAAUUCAAAGUUGAUAUUGUCACUGAAACCUCUGACAAACCAGAAGUGACAGAAAUUACUGAAGCACCCAAAGAAACUACAAAAACAUCAGAAGUUGUAAUCGAUAUUUCAAAACCUGAUAAGAAACAACCUGAAGAAUUCAAGGUUGAUAUUGUCACUGAGACUGCUGACAAGCCUGAAAUAAUUGAAAUCACCAAGGCACCGAAAGAGACAACAGAAAGCUCAGAGGUUGUAACUGACAUUACAAAGGCUGAAAAGAAACAACCUGAAGAAUUCAAAGUUGAUAUUGUCACUGAAACCUCUGACAAACCAGAAGUGACAGAAAUUACUGAAGCACCCAAAGAAACUACAAAAACAUCAGAUGUUGUAAUCGAUAUUUCAAAACCUGAUAAAAGACAACCUGAAGAAUUCAAGGUUGAAAUUGUCACUGAGACUGCUGACAAGCCUGAAAUAAUUGAAAUCACAGAGGCACCAAAAGAGACAACAGAAAUAUCAGAGGUUGUAACUGACAUUACAAAGCCUGAAAAGAAACAACCAGAGGAAUUCAAAGUUGAUAUUGUCACUGAGACUGAUGACAAACAGGAAGUUACUGAAAUUACAGAGGAGACCAAAGAAACAACAGAAACAUCUGAAGUGGUUAUUGACAUAACAAAGUCAGAAAAGAAACAACCAGAAGAAUUUAAGGUUGAUAUUGUGACUGAGACAGCUGACAAACCAGAAGUGACUGAAAUCACAGAAGCACCUAAAGAAACAACUCAAACAUCAGAGGUUGUAAUUGACAUAGUAAAACCAGAAAAGAAACAACCAGAUGAAUUCAAGGUUGAAAUUGUCACAGAGACAUCAGAUAAACCGGAAGUUACUGAUAUAACAGAGGUGCCCAAGGAAACAACAGAAACAGUUGAAGUACCAUCAGAUCAAUCUAAAUCUGAAACUUCAAGACCUGAAGAAUACAAAACUGAUAUUGUGGAGGAAGGAAUUGAGCAACCUGAGGUCUCUGAAGUCACUGAAGAAAAACCUGCAACUGGAAUAGUGUCUGAAACUCCAUCAGAAACUGUAACAGCAAAGACUGAAACUGUUCAGGAGUUGGAAAGUGAAGACAAACAAGUUCCUGAAGAGACAUUCAAAGAAGAAAUUGCAGUUCAGAUGAAACCAAAGGAUGAAGAUCAACCUGAAACUUUCAAGAGUGAAAUAGAAGUAGAUCAAAAACCCGAGCAUGACGUUGUCACAGUGACAUUCGGAAUGCAUGAAGGUGAAGAUGAGGUAGAGGUUGAACAUGAAAUCAUGGAAGAAACCGGCGAAACCUUUGUGUCAGAAACUGAACUUGAAAGACCAGUUUUCAUUCUCCCACUCAAGGACGAAACCCUUACAGAAGGGCAAGACCUUAAAAUGGAGGCGCAUGUCCGUGGAAAUCCAGCUCCAACAGUGCAAUGGUUCGUAGAUGAUGAAGUACUCUCACCAUCUGAUGACAUCCAGAUCAUCUACGAUGAGGGCAAAUGCCUCCUCUCCAUCCGAGAAGUCUUCAUGGACGAUGAAGGGGAAUACUGGGUUGAAGCGACAAAUGAGUAUGGGACAGCAACUACCUCCUCCUAUGUCACUGUUCUGCCGGGAGAUGUAGUGUCUUCAGAAGACCAAGGGGAGGAAGAAGAAACCAUCCCCAAGGGUCCAGAAACUGAAGUUCCUGCUCCUGUCGAAACAACGGAGGUUGAGUACAAAGAGACCAUUGAAAAACAACCUCUUGUUGAGACUGAAGCCCCUGAAGGAGAAACUGAAGUUGUUUUCAGGGAGACAGUAGAAGUUGAAAAGAAACCUAUAGAGACUGAAAAACAACAGGUUGACAUUGAGAUCCAACCCAAGAAAGAAACUGUAGUAUUUGAGGCUCCUACAACUGAUGAGGUGAGGGAAGAGGUCCAAAUUGAUAUCAAGCCAAAGAAAGAUGUCUUUGAAGAAAUCAAGCUGGAACUUACUCCAAAACCUGUCGAACAUGAGGUCGAAGUGCCAGAAAGUGAAACAGUCACAGAAACUGUGGAGGUGAUAAAGAAGCCUAAGACAACUACUACUGUUCAGAUGGAAAUUUCUGGUCCACAAGAGGUAACUGAGACAACAUUCACACAGAAAAUCACGAUUGACAAAAAGGAAAAGCCAGAAGAAAUUACAGUUGUUUCAAAGGAAGAAUUAGUUCCAUCUAAAAAAGAAGUUCAGGAAUUUGAAAUUACUGUUCCUGAAGAAACAACUGAAGUGUACAAAGAAACCAUUGAAGUGACAAAAGAACCAGUCCCAGAGAUUUCAGAAGAAACCACUCACAAAGAAACCAUAACAAUUCAGCAAAAACCCACUCCAGAAAUGGUUGAAGUUGAUAUCAAAAUCCCAACAGAAGUCACUGAAACUUUCAAGGACACAAUUGAGAUACAAAAAGAUGAGGUAGACCAUGCAAUUGAACAUGAGGUCGAAGUGCCUGAAAGUGAAACAGUCACAGAAACCUUGGAGGUUAUAAAGAAGCCUAAGACAACUACAACUGUUCAGAUGGAAAUUUCUGGUCCACAGGAGGUAACUGAGACAACAUUCACACAGAAAAUCACGAUUGACAAAAAGGAAAAGCCAGAAGAAAUUACAGUUGUUUCAGAGGAAGAAUUAGUUCCAUCUAAAAAAGAAGUUCAGGAAUUUGAAAUUACUGUUCCUGAAGAAACAACUGAAGUGUACAAAGAAACCAUUGAAGUGACAAAAGAGCCUGUCCCAGAGAUUUCAGAAGAAACCACUCACAAAGAAACCAUAACACUUCAGCAAAAACCCACUCCAGAAAUGAUUGAAGUUGAUAUCAAAAUCCCAACAGAAGUCACUGAAACUUUCAGGGACACAAUUGAGAUACAAAAAGAUCAGGUGGACCAUGCAAUUGAACAUGAGGUCGAAGUGCCUGAAAGUGAAACAGUCACAGAAACCUUGGAGGUUAUAAAGAAGCCUAAGACAACUACAACUGUUCAGAUGGAAAUUUCUGGUCCACAGGAGGUAACUGAGACAACAUUCACACAGAAAAUCACGAUUGACAAAAAGGAAAAGCCAGAAGAAAUUACAGUUGUUUCAGAGGAAGAAUUAGUUCCAUCUAAAAAAGAAGUUCAGGAAUUUGAAAUUACUGUUCCUGAAGAAACAACUGAAGUGUACAAAGAAACCAUUGAAGUGACAAAAGAGCCUGUCCCAGAGAUUUCAGAAGAAACCACUCACAAAGAAACCAUAACACUUCAGCAAAAACCCACUCCAGAAAUGAUUGAAGUUGAUAUCAAAAUCCCAACAGAAGUCACUGAAACUUUCAGGGACACAAUUGAGAUACAAAAAGAUCAGGUGGACCAUGCAAUUGAACAUGAGGUCGAAGUGCCUGAAAGUGAAACAGUCACAGAAACCUUGGAGGUGAUAAAGAAGCCUAAGACAACUACAACUGUUCAGAUGGAAAUUUCUGGUCCACAGGAGGUAACUGAGACAACAUUCACACAGAAAAUCACGAUUGACAAAAAGGAAAAGCCAGAAGAUAUUACAGUUGUUUCAGAGGAAGAAUUAGUUCCAUCUAAAAAAGAAGUUCAGGAAUUUGAAAUUACUGUUCCUGAAGAAACAACUGAAGUGUACAAAGAAACCAUUGAAAUGACAGAAGAGCCAGUCCCAGAGAUUUCAGAAGAAACCACUCACAAAGAAACCAUAACAAUUCAGCAAAAACCCACUCAAGAAAUGGUUGAGGUUGAUAUCAAAAUCCCAACAGAAGUCACUGAAACUUUCAAGGACACAAUUGAGAUACAAAAAGAAGAUGAAGUGGACCAUGCAAUUCCAUCUGAAACAGAGCAUCACAUUGUUACUGAAAAAAUAACUGUAGAAGGUGAGAAGCCUCAGCCGGUGGAAAUUGAUAUUGAAGUGAAACCUGGUGAGACAACCGUUACAGAAACACUGAAAAUAACAUCAAUGGAAACCACCGAAGAAAGUGAACAAGAAAUUACUGAAGAAGUUUCUGAAGAGGUACCUACAUUUAAGGAAACAAUUGACAUUGAAAAGAAGUCUAAACCUGAAAUGGUUGAAAUUGAAAUGGAUAUUAAACCAGAAACUGAGGAAAUAAAGAUCACUGAAAUAAGAAAAGAAACCAUUGAGGUUACAGAAGAAGUCCCUACUUACCAGGAAGAGAUAACUAUUGAGGGAAAGCCCCAACCAGAGGUACAGGAAAUUGUUAUUUCUGAAAUUAAGGCCCCAACUGAUGACAUUAUUGUUUCAGAAAGGGAAACAAUAACUGUAACGGAAGAAAACAUUCAAGAAUUGGAAGUGGAGGCACCACAUGAGGACACAGUAGUUGCUGAAAGAGAGCAAAUAAUUGUUACAGAAACCCCAGAUGAAACUGAACAGAUUUCUGAAACACCAGCUGAACACCCAGAAGCAGUUGAGGAGAAACCUGUAGAUAUAACUCUUACUGAAAGAGUGAAAAAGACAGAAAUUACAACAAAAGUUGAGGAAACGACAGAAAUCAUUUCUGAAGAACAAGAAAUGCCGGAACAACCAGUAGAGGUUUCUAAGCCUACUGAAGAAACUGUAGAAACUGUCAAAGAGAUGAUUACAGUAGAAAUAGGAAAACCAUCUGAGAUUUCUGAAACAGAAACAAUAGUUGCUUCAGAACUUCCUCAAGAAAUAACUCUUGAUAUUGAAGUGAAACAGAUUGAUGAGGCUGUUACAGAAAAAGUUGAAAAGGUGGUUAGGGUUAUUGAAGAGACUCCAUCUGAGGUUGAUGAUAUUAAAACUGAAACCAGUUAUAUCGAAACUGAAGAAGUUAAAGAUGAAAUAGAGUCUGAAAAACCUGUAGAAGAGACUGUUGAAGUGAUAAGGGAAACAAUUGAGGUUGUAAGGAAAACAACAUCUGUCAUAGAAGAAAGUGUCCAAGAUACUGUGGUGUCUGAAAUGCAAGAAAUUACACCAGAAGUAUCAACAGAAGUACCAACAGAAGAAACAAUUGCAAUUGUGAGAGAAACAAUAACGAUUGACACUGAAAAACCAACUGAAGUGCCUUCAGAAGAGGUUGAUUUAGAAAUAUCAAUGACACAACCAGUUGAAGAGACCAUUCCCUCAGAAAAGCCCUCUGAAGAAACCAUUGAAACAGCUACUGAUACAGCUGUUAUUGAUGAAAAGCCUGCCUCUGUAACUGAAAUAAUUGACACAGAGCAACCAACAAAUGUCAAGGAGAUUGAAGUGGAAAUUAAUAUUUCUAAAGAAGAAACUGUUGAGGAAGUAAGGGAAACAAUCAAAGUGGAUAUUAAGAAACCUACUGUGUCUGACAUUGUUGAAGAAACUACACCUGAGGAAAAGACCAUGUUAACAGAUGAUGUUGCCAAAGAAAUUCCAGCAGAGGAGACAGUUACCUCUGAGAAACAAACAUUAGUUGUAGACAUAGAACAAGUUUCCAAAGUUACUCCAGAGGAAACAGAGCAGGUGGAAGUUCCAUCUUCUAUUGAACAAGAAGUUGAGGAAACCAGGCCAACAGAAGAAACAGUGAUAGAAACUAAACAAACAAUAACUGUUGAAAGAAAGCCAGUCUCUAUAACUGAGGAAAAGAAAGAAGUUAUUGAGAAACCCUCUGUGACAGAAAUUACAGAACUUGUAAUUGAAAAAGAUGUGGGUCCUCAAGAGGUAACUGUUGAAGUAGCUGAACAAGUGAAGCCAGUGGAAACAGUGACAACAAUGACAAAAGAAAUCAUUGAGAAAGAAGAUGUUUCAGAAGCAGAGAAGGUACCAGAAACUGAAACAUUUGAAACAACUGAAAUAGUCAUUCAGCCUUCAGAAAAAGCCACCACAGAAGAUGAUGUACCAACACAGGCAGUAACAAUUGAACUUGAUAUUAAGAAACCAGAGACAACUGAAAUUGAUACUACAACUGUUGAAAGCACAGAAGAAAAGGUAACUACAACAUCUAUUGUUGUUGUUGAAUCAACAGACAAGGUUCCAUCAGAUGUCACUGCAACUGGUAUUGAAAUCAAACCUGAUGUCAUUGAGGUUCUUUCUGAAGAAGAAACAUCUAAGCCAUCUGAGGAAACCAUUGAAUUGAUUAGAGAGACUGUGACCGAGAAAGAAAAACCUGUUACACAGACAACUGAUAUUGAAUUACAGAUUGUCAAACCUGAAGUGGUAGAUGUUGCUGAAACAGAAUUAGAUGUACCAUCAGUAGAGACAAUCACAGAAACAAGAGAGACCAUAGAAUUUACUCCUGAGGUACCUGGUACAACAGACGAUAUCAUUGAAAAGGUACAGGAAGAUAUUGCUGAAAUGGAAGAAACAAAGCCAGAAACUUCCAAACCUGAAGAAAUUCCUGAUGUGAAAGAAACUAUGAAAACAGAAAUCAAAAUACCUUCAAAGGUUACAGAAGCUGAACAUCAAGAAAUUGAAAUUGAGAUUUUGGGGUUGCCUACAGCUCCUGCUGAUACACUCACUGAAGAUGUUGAAAUUGAAAUCAAGCAGAAGGUUGAAACUAUUCCUGUUGAUCAAACAAAGGUUAUUGAAGAAAUGAUUUCUGAAGACAAACAGGAUGUUCAACCAGUACCAGAAACAGAUGUAGAGGAGAUUUCACCAAAACCAGUUGAGGAAGAAAUAGAAAAGGUUAAGAUUAUUGAAGAAAUUCCAACAACAGUCUCGGUUGAAGAAUCUGAAGAAGAUAAAGAUGUGCCACAAGAUAUUUCUGAAGAAAAACCAAAGGAAGCAAUCAAAGAGGAAGUUCCUUCAGUACUCCAAGACAAAGAAAUAGUACAAGAAGAAAUAUCAGCUGUGAUGACCUCAGAUGAAACUAUACCUCAGGAGGAUGUUCCUGAAAUUCCAUCAGAGAGCAUUCAAAAGUAUGCUGAAGAAGUUUCAAGAGAAAUUAUUGAGACUAUUUCCGUAGAUAUCAAGCCAGUCUCAAAAGUACCAGCUGUAGAUUUUGUGACAGAAGAAGAAGUAAGUGUUGAUAUACCAGAAAAAGAAACAGAAACACCAAAGUCAGAAGAUAUCGAAAUUGUUACUGAAGUUGUAAAGCUUCAGCCAGAAAAGCCAUCUGAAGUUCAGACUGAAGAAGAAGUUGUUCCUGCAGAAGACUCUAAGGGAAUUGCGGAAGAAGUUAUUCAACAGUAUGCUGAAGAAAUAACAAAGGAUAUACUUGACAAGGCUGCAAAGGGAGAACUAACAGCAUUUGAAACUCAGCAAGUCCUAGAAGCAAGACCAGAAGAACAGACAUCUGAAGAAACUGAUGUUGAAACUGAGGCACCAGUUCAAACUGUCACAGAAUUGGAAACAGAUGUUCCUACCGUUACGAAAGAAGUGCCAGCAGACAUAGCACCUGAAGAGAAACCUGAUGAUGUGGAAACAGUUAAGGAAAUUCCUGAAGAAUCAUUUGAAGUUUCAGAGGAAUUGAAGCCGAAAGACACUACUGAAAGUAUUGAAAUUUUUCCUUCAAAAGAGGCUCCUGAAGAAGAAAAACCAAUCGUUGAGGAAAUUGAAUUUGAUAUUUCUGAAAAGAAACCAGAAACUGUAUCUUUGGAGUUUGAUAUUCAGAAACCAGAAACGAUUGAAGAAGUCAGUUUAGAUUUCCAGCUGCAAGAUAAGCCUAAAAUGCCUGUUGAUGUUGCUGUUGAAAUUCCUGCUGAAGAAAAAGAAGGAAAAGAGAAAGUUACAACUGAAGUUGAAUUUGAGAUACCUGAAGAGAAGCCUCUACAACCAGUUAAGGAAACAGUGGAAAUAGAAAUGUCGAAAAAACCAUUGGAAAAGAAAACUGUCACCUUUGAUAUACCAGCAGAAGAAGAGACACCAGAGGAGGUUUCAUUUGAGGUUUCUGUAGAAAAGAAGCCUUCUGAAAAAGAAGAAAUCUCGUUUGAUAUCCGACCUGAAUCAAAACCUGAAACUGUCUCAAUGGAUAUUGAAAUCAAAGAACAACCACAUGAAAAGGUGUUCCUUGAAGUACAUCCUGAUGUUAAACCAGAAACAGAAGAGGUGCAUAUGGAAAUUCACCCGAAGGAAACCCCAGAAAGUGUUUCAAUGGAAAUCAAUGUUGAGUCCAAAACAACAGUUACAGAUGAGACUGAGAGACGUAUUACCACUGAAGAAGUUUCUCUUGAAAUUCCUACAGAUGUAACUGUGACAGAAAAAACCACUGAAAAGGUCACUAUGGAAUUACCUAUUGAGCAGAAACCUGAAGAAACUCAACCAGAAGAAAUCACCAUUACAUUUACUGAUAAAACAACUACAGAAGAAACUACAACCAAAGUAGUGGAAGUUGUUGAAUUCGGACCUAAGUUUACCAAGACACUUACUGACAUCACAGUGCCUGAAGGUGAAAAGGUAGAGUUCAUUAUCGAGUUCAAAGCUGAGCCAGCUCCUGAAAUUACCUGGUUUAUUGAUAACCGACCAAUCAAGGAGACUGAAGACUUCACUGUUGUUGUGGAGAAGGAGUUCAGCAAGGUGGUAAUACCUGAGACCUUCCUAAACCAUGAAGGGGAAUACAAGGUGGUUGUUACAAACAAAAUCUCAACUGUAACAUCCAUAUGCUACCUCACUGUUAUAGCUACAGAUGAAGCUACUGAUGAUGACAUCAGUGUUAAAGAAACAACAACAACAACUACUACCGAAACUGUGGAAUUGACCGUCGAGGAUAAGCCUCAAGAGUUGCCCAAGACAGAAAUCUCAGAAGAGAUUGUAAUCCCUCAGAAACCAGAAGAGAAGGAAAUAGCGGAGGAUUUCGCGGCUCCCCGUUUCACAACGACCCUCCAGAAGCACAUAGAUGUUCUAGAAGGCUCCACGGUAACGUUCACGUGUGAGGUCACAGGCACGCCGACCCCUGAGGUCACAUGGUUCAAGGAUGACGAGCCCCUACCAGAAGAUGAAAGGUUUGUCACUGAAUACCACAAGAAGACCGUGACCUUGACCAUUCACAAGGUCACCAUCGACGACGAAGGCUACUUCAAGGUCGAGGCCAGGAAUGAGCGUGGAACCACAACUACAGUCGUGGAAGUUUUCGUACAAAUCCCUCACACAGUGGAUGAGCGUGGACCUGAGGUUACUAUGGAAACUGUUGAAAUUGUAACCGAGGAAACACAACCAGUAUCGCAGAAACCGACUACAGAGAUCAUAACACCUUUAGCCCCUCAGACUGAGGAAGAAGUCCCGAUACAUGAGACACCAGAACAAACAUUGACCUUGGAGGGUCAAGACAUUUCACCUGAACAGGUGACCCCGGAGACAACCGAGGUCAUCACUGUAGAAACGACCAGGGAGGACCUAGAGAAGGUCGUCGCCAAGGAGGAAGUUACUUUCGAGUUUGUGACACCCGAGAAGACGGAAGCUGCUUCGUUGGAAGUCACGGUAGAUGAGACACCUCUUCCAGUUGAGGACAAAGUUGCUCCGACGGCAACAGCUACAGAAGUCUCCAUGGCAAUGCCCCUGGAGACAGAAGAGGUCAUACCAAGGUCAGAGUCCCCUGCAGAGGUCAGGGGGGUAGAGACCGAUAUUCAGCUGUUAGUUCCCGAGCAGCAACUUCCAGAACAGAAAAUGGCUCCAAAAGAGGAGCAGGUGCCCGAGGAGGUCCAGGAGACUCCUGUUGAAAGUCAGGAAGAGGUCACCCCCACCCAACCCACAGGUGAAGCCCCCACAUUCAUUACUGAAAUCACAAAAAUUACCGCCGAGCACGGUAAACCCGUGCAGUUCAUCUGUAUCAUUACCGGCAACCCUAAACCCGUAGUUCGCUGGAUUCUGGAUGGGGAGUAUAUCCCUGAAGACUCCACGACCUACAAAGCUGAGAUGCAUCCAGAUGGGAAGCACACGCUUUCGAUCAAGGAAACGUUUCAAGAAGAUGAGGGAGAAUAUACUGUAGAGGCAACCAACAAUUUCGGAACCGUCCGUUCCACAGCCGAGCUUGUACUUGAAGUGGAUGAAAAUAAAGAUAAACCAGACAGCGAACAGCCUGCUCAUUAUCCUGAUGAAAAGGCUGCACCCAUUGAGGAGAUUUUUGUGGCUACUGAUAAACUUCUUUCCGUUCCUCUUGAUGAAAUUGAGGAAGCUAGUGUAAUAAGUGUUUCUCCAUCAGUGGAAUCCCUCGACCUUGAGGUUCCAGAAACUGUAACUGUAGAAAUAGAAAAGGAAAUAUCUGUUGAAUCUGGUAAGGAUAUUGCACAAGAGAAAAAAGAAGAAGUAAAAGAAGAUGAAACAAUACCAGAAUUUAAACCAGUCAUUGAAGAAACAAUACCAGAAGAAAAGCCAGUUGUUGAAGAAUUGGAAGAAUCAGAGAGAUCAGAAGAGUCAGAAGUGUCUGAGGAUGAGUCAAUUUCGGUUGAAGAAGUUAUUGAAAAGCCAGAUGAAACAGACAUUCAAAAAGAAAAAGAACAGCCGAGCACCAUGGAAGAAACAGAAGCCACAAGACCAACAAGAGAAACUGUUGUUAUUGAAAAAGAGAACUUUGAACAACCUGGAACAAGGAAAACUGUUGAAAUUGAUAUUGUGCAACCUGAGGACAUUGGUGAUUAUAUUACUGAAGUAACACUGGAAGAGAGAUAUGAAAAAUCUCCAGAAGUAGAAGAAAUAGAUAUUCAUUCAAAAACUAAAGAAACUGUCAAAGAAAUUGAGAAAGAAGAACCAGCUGAAAAGAUUAUACCAAUCCGUGUUCUGGAAACUGUAAAGAGUUUUGAUCAAGAAUAUGUCAUUGAAUAUCCAACUGAAACAAAAACAACAGAAAGAGAUGAAGAAGUUGAAGUAAUUGUUCUGUCAGAAGGAGAAAUCGAUGAAGAUGUUGAGGUUUCUGAGAAAGAAGAGACACAUGUUACUGGUAUUGAUAUUGAAGUGAAACCAAAAGAUAAAAGAUUGCCAGAAGAAGUAUUCAGAGUUGAGAUUGGGAAAGAGAAGAUCCCUGAAGUAAGUCAAAUAGAUGUAGACAUUGUACAAGAUACAGUGACAGAGACAACAGAAGAAACAACAGAAAAAGUAUCAGAAGUAGAAAUAGAACAACGAGACCAAGACGUAGCAGAAAUAUCCUCUUAUAAAGAGACAAUAGACAUUGAUAGAGAACCUAAAUACACAGAGGUUGAAAUUGACAUUUCAAUGCCAAAGACGCAAAAAGUGGUAACUGUUACAUCAUCUGAAACAACUGAAACUGUGACAACAACAACUACUAUGGAAGUUGAGGACACAGAUGAUCUCAAUGUCACAGAGUUUGAAUCUAUCAAAGAGAAAGAAACAAGCUUAGAAAUCAUUGAAGAGAGGGAAGUUGAUAUCCCCGCACAUGAAACAGUGGUAGAGUAUCUUGAACAAAUAGAAAUGCCUAGAGUGGAAAUUGAUGUGAUAGAACAACCAGAAGAACUGGUACUUAAAUCAAAAGAACAGAAGACAUUGACUGAAGAGCUUUUCCCAACUAAAGAUAUCUCUGUAAGUGAGAUAACUAGUUUAAAAACUAAGGAAGAAAUUGAAAUAAUGCCUGAGAUUCAAACAACAUUUACAGAGACUAUUGAAAUUGAAGAAACAUCUAAAGAAGAUGAAAUUGAAAUCACUGCAGAAAUGGAAGAUACAUACCUUGAAACCACAGAAGUGGUAAAACAUAAAACUACGGAAGAGGUUGACAUUGAUAUAAAGCCUGAGACAGAAACAACCUUUACAGAGACAAUUAAAAUUGAGAAAGACAAGCCUAAACAUGAAGAGGUCAUUGUAGAAAUAAAACCAACUGAGGAAGAAGAGAAAAGACCUGGUGUCAAAGUUGAAAUCAUUCCGGCAGUUACCGAAGAGGAAAAGGCGGUAUUCACUGAAACAAUUGAAAUUGAACAGGACACACCUAAAACUGAACAAGUUGAAAUUGAAAUAAGACCUGAAAUCCAAGAGACCUCUACAUUUAUUGAAACCACAGAAGUAGUUCAAGAUAUAACUACAGAAGAAAUAGAUGUAGAGAUUAAGCUUGAGACAGAGACAACCUUUGUUGAGACAAUUGAAAUUGAAGAAGAAAAACCUAAACAUGAAGAGGUCAUGGUAGAAAUAAAACCAACACCUUCCGAAGAUGUGCCAACAAAGGUAACAGUUGAAAUUGAUGUCAGAAAAGGAUCAGUCCCUCAGCUUGUUCCAUUAACAGAAGAGCUUCCUUUGUCAUAUGAAGAAACAGUGACAGAAAUCAUUGAGGAAACACCAUCUGACAUUGCAAGAGAAGAGACUGUUGUGCAAAGGAGGGAGUCUGUUGUAACAGAAAUGGUUUCAGUUGAAGAAAUGAAGCCAGAGGAAGAAAAACCAACUGAGGAAGAAGAGAAAAUACCUGAAGUCGAAGUUGAAAUCAUUCCGGCAGUUACCGAAGAGGAGAAGACGGUAUUCACUGAAACAAUUGAAAUUGAACAGGACACAUGUAAAACGGAACAAGUUGAAAUUGAAAUAAGACCUGAAAUCCAAGAGACCUCUACAUUUAUUGAAACCACAGAAGUAGUUCAAGAUAUAACUACAGAAGAAAUAGAUGUAGAGAUUAAGCCUGAGACAGAGACAACCUUUGUUGAGACAAUUGAAAUUGAAGAAGAAAAGCCUACACAUGAGGAGGUCAUAGUAGAAAUAAAAUCAACACCUUCCGAAGAUGUGCCAUCAAAGGUAACAGUUGAAAUUGAUGUCAGAAAAGGAUCAGUCCCUCAGCUUGUUCCAUUAACAGAAGAGCUUCCUUUGUCAUAUGAAGAAACAGUUACAGAAAUCAUUGAGGAAACACCAUCUGACAUUGCAAGAGAAGAGACUGUUGUGCAAAGGAGGGAGUCUGCUGUAACAGAAAUGGUUUCAGUUGAAGAAACGAAGCCAGAGGAAGAAAAACCAACUGAGGAAGAAGAGAAAAGACCUGAAGUCGAAGUUGAAAUCAUUCCGACAGUUACUGAAGAGGAGAAGAUGGUAUUCACUGAAACAUUUGAAAUUGAACAGGACACACCUAAAACUGAACAAGUUGAAAUUGAAAUAAGACCUGAAAUCCAAGAGACCUCUACAUUUAUUGAAACCACAGAAGUAGUUCAAGAUAUAACUACAGAAGAAAUAGAUGUAGAGAUUAAGCCUGAGACAGAGACAACCUUUGUUGAGACAAUUGAAAUUGAAGAAGAAAAGCCUACACAUGAAGAGGUCAUAGUAGAAAUAAAACCAACACCUUCCGAAGAUGUGCCAACAAAGGUAACAGUUGAAAUUGAUGUCAGAAAAGGAUCAGUCCCUCAGCUUGUUCCAUUAACAGAAGAGUUUCCUUUGUCAUAUGAAGAAACAGUGACAGAAAUCAUUGAGGAAACACCAUCUGACAUUGCAAGAGAAGAGACUGUUGUGCUAAGGAGGGAGUCUGUUGUAACAGAAAUGGUUUCAGUUGAAGAAUUGAAGCCAGAGGAAGAAAAACCAACUGAGGAAGAAGAGAAAAUACCUGAAGUCGAAGUUGAAAUCAUUCCGGCAGUUACCGAAGAGGAGAAGACGGUAUUCACUGAAACAAUUGAAAUUGAACAGGACACACCUAAAACUGAACAAGUUGAAAUUGAAAUAAGACCUGAAAUCCAAGAGACCUCUACAUUUAUUGAAACCACAGAAGUAGUUCAAGAUAUAACUACAGAAGAAAUAGAUGUAGAGAUUAAGCCUGAGACAGAGACAACCUUUGUUGAGACAAUUGAAAUUGAAGAAGAAAAGCCUACACAUGAAGAGGUCAUAGUAGAAAUAAAACCAACACCUUCCAAAGAUGUGCCAUCAAAGGUAACAGUUGAAAUUGAUGUCAGAAAAGGAUCAGUCCCUCAGCUUGUUCCAUUAACAGAAGAGCUUCCUUUGUCAUAUGAAGAAACAGUGACAGAAAUCAUUGAGGAAACACCAUCUGACAUUGCAAGAGAAGAGACUGUUGUGCAAAGGAGGGAGUCUGUUGUAACAGAAAUGGUUUCAGUUGAAGAAAUGAAGCCAGAGGAAGAAAAACCAACUGAGGAAGAAGAGAAAAGACCUGGUGUCGAAGUUGAAAUCAUUCCGGCAGUUACCGAAGAGGAGAAGACGGUAUUCACUGAAACAAUUGAAAUUGAACAGGACAAACCUAAAACUGAACAAGUUGAAAUUGAAAUAAGACCUGAAAUCCAAGAGACCUCUACAUUUAUUGAAACCACAGAAGUAGUUCAAGAUAUAACUACAGAAGAAAUAGAUGUAGAGAUUAAGCCUGAGACAGAGACAACCUUUGUUGAGACAAUUGAAAUUGAAGAAGAAAAGCCUACACAUGAGGAGGUCAUAGUAGAAAUAAAACCAACACCUUCCGAAGAUGUGCCAUCAAAGGUAACAGUUGAAAUUGAUGUCAGAAAAGGAUCAGUCCCUCAGCUUGUUCCAUUAACAGAAGAGCUUCCUUUGUCAUAUGAAGAAACAGUUACAGAAAUUAUUGAGGAAACACCAUCUGACAUUGCAAGAGAAGAGACUGUUGUGCAAAGGAGGGAGUCUGUUGUAACAGAAAUGGUUUCAGUUGAAGAAACGAAGCCAGAGGAAGAAAAACCAACUGAGGAAGAAGAGAAAAGACCUGAAGUUGAAAUCAUUCCGGCAGUUACUGAAGAGGAGAAGAUGGUAUUCACUGAAACAUUUGAAAUUGAACAGGACAAACCUAAAACUGAACAAGUUGAAAUUGAAAUAAGACCUGAAAUUAAAGAGACCUCUACAUUUAUUGAAACCACAGAAGUAGUUCAAGAUAUAACUACAGAAGAAAUAGAUGUAGAGAUUAAGCCUGAGACAGAGACAACCUUUGUUGAGACAAUUGAAAUUGAAGAAGAAAAGCCUAAACAUGAGGAGGUCAUAGUAGAAAUAAAAUCAACACCUUCCGAAGAUGUGCCAUCAAAGGUAACAGUUGAAAUUGAUGUCAGAAAAGGAUCAGUCCCUCAGCUUGUUCCAUUAACAGAAGAGCUUCCUUUGUCAUAUGAAGAAACAGUUACAGAAAUCAUUGAGGAAACACCAUCUGACAUUGCAAGAGAAGAGACUGUUGUGCAAAGGAGGGAGUCUGUUGUAACAGAAAUGGUUUCAGUUGAAGAAAUGAAGCCAGAGGAAGAAAAACCAACUGAGGAAGAAGAGAGAAAACCUGAAGUUGAAAUUGAGACCCAACCUGAAGUUACAGAAGAAGUUAAAGAAGUGCAGGAUGUUGUAAAAGAGAAAGCAAUUGAAAUAGAAGAAGACAAACCUAAAGUUGAAGUAAUUCCUUUGGUUGCGAAGGAAUAUGCCUUACCAGAUAUCACUGCAGAUAUUUCUGAAAUUACCAAAGAAGAAAUUGAAACUUUAAAACCUGAUAUUGAAGAAAUUAAGCCACAGGAACUCCAAAAUGUGAGCCUUGAAGUCAUGGAAAUGGCGAAAGAGGACACAGUACCUGAAGACCAAGUUGUUCGAGCUGAAACCACGGUAACAGUUGAAGAAACACCAAGUGAACAGGUCACCACAGAAAUCAGCCUAGAUGUUCAGAAACCUGAAGAGAUGGCUGAGUUUGAGAUAUCAAUUGACACAGAAGAAAUUUCUCUGGAUAAGAAACCAACAGAAGAUGAGGAAGUUUCAUUCAGUCUUCAAUUGGAAGAUUCCACUCCAAAACCUACACAAGAAAUGUCUUCAGUUGAAAUUGGAAUGAUGCCUCUGGACGAAUCCGUUGAAAUCGCAGACAUUCCUCAUGAAAUGCCGCUUACUUCUGUAACUGAAAUUAGCGAUAAGCAAGUAAUCAGUGAUCAGACUCCACACCUAACAGAGGAAACCAUUGAAGAAGAAAAGAAACCAUCAGAAGUUGCUGUUACUGAGAUGGAAGUUGAGAUGGAUGUCACACCUAAGGUUGAAGAGGUUUCAAAGAAGACUGUUGAAAUUGACAUGAAACCCAAAGUUGAAACUGAGGUUUCUUUUGAAGUUGAGAAACCAUCAGAAGUCACUGUGACUGACAUUGAAGUUGAGAUGGAUGUUACACCUAAGGUUGAAGAGGUUUCAAAGGAGACUGUUGAAAUUGACAUUAAACCCAAAGUUGAAACUGAGGUUUCAAUUGAAGCAGAGAAACCAUCAGAGGUCACUGUUACUGAUAUUGAAGUUGAGAUGGAUAUUACACCAAAGAUUGAAGAUGUUUCAAAGGAGACUGUUGAAAUUGAAAUGAAACCCAAAGUUGAGACUGAGGUUUCUUUUGAAGUUGAAAAGCCAUCAGAAGUCACUGUGACUGACAUUGAAGCUGAAAUGGAUGUUACACCUAAGGUUGAAGAAGUUACAAAAGAAACUGUUGAAAUUGAAAUAAAACCCAAAGUUGAAACUGAGGUCUCAAUUGAAGCUGAGAAACCAUCAGAAGUAACCAUUACUGAGAUUGAAGCUGAAAUGGAUGUUACACCAAAGGUUGAAGAGGUUUCAAAGGAGACAGUUGAAAUUGAAAUGAAACCCAAAGUUGAAACUGAGGUCUCAAUUGAAGCUGAGAAACCAUCAGAAGUAACCAUUACUGAGAUUGAAGCUGAAAUGGAUGUUACACCUAAGGUUGAAGAAGUUACAAAAGAGACUGUUGAAAUUGAAAUGAAACCCAAAGUUGAAACUGAGGUUUCAAUUGAAGCAGAGAAACCAUCAGAGGUUACUGUUACUGAUAUUGAAGCUGAAAUGGAUGUUACACCUAAGGUUGAAGAAGUUACAAAAGAAACUGUUGAAAUUGAAAUGAAACCCAAAGUUGAAACUGAGGUCUCAAUUGAAGCUGAGAAACCAUCAGAAGUAACCAUUACUGAGAUUGAAGCUGAAAUGGAUGUUACACCUAAGGUUGAAGAAGUUACAAAAGAGAUUGUUGAAAUUGAAAUGAAACCCAAAGUUGAAACUGAGGUUUCAAUUGAAGCAGAGAAACCAUCAGAGAUAACUGUUACUGAUAUUGAAGUUGAGAUGGAUGUUACACCAAAGAUUGAAGAUGUUUCAAAGGAGACUGUUGAAAUUGAAAUGAAACCCAAAGUUGAGACUGAGGUUUCUUUUGAAGUUGAGAAACCAUCAGAAUUCACUGUGACUGAGAUUGAAGCUGAAAUGGAUGUUACACCUAAGGUUGAAGAAGUUACAAAAGAAACUGUUGAAAUUGAAAUGAAACCCAAAGUUGAAACUGAGGUCUCAAUUGAAGCUGAGAAACCAUCAGAAGUCACCAUUACUGAGAUUGAAGUUGAGAUGGAUGUUACACCUAAGGUUGAAGAAGUUACUAAAGAGACUGUUGAAAUUGAAAUGAAACCCAAAGUUGAAACUGAGGUUUCAAUUGAAGCAGAGAAACCAUCAGAGGUCACUGUUACUGAUAUUGAAGUUGAGAUGGAUGUUACACCAAAGAUUGAAGAGGUUUCAAAGGAGACAGUUCAAAUUGAAAUGAAACCCAAAGUAGAGACUGAGGUUUCUUUUGAAGUUGAGAAACCAUCAGAAGUCACUGUGACUGACAUCGAAGCUGAAAUGGAUGUUACACCUAAGGUUGAAGAAGUUACAAAAGAAACUGUUGAAAUUGAAAUGAAACCCAAAGUUGAAACUGAGGUCUCAAUUGAAGCUGAGAAACCAUCAGAAGUAACCAUUACUGAGAUUGAAGCUGAAAUGGAUGUUACACCUAAGGUUGAAGAAGUUACUAAAGAGACUGUUGAAAUUGAAAUGAAACCCAAAGUUGAAACUGAGGUUUCAAUUGAAGCAGAGAAACCAUCAGAGGUCACUGUUACUGAUAUUGAAGUUGAGAUGGAUGUUACACCAAAGAUUGAAGAGGUUUCAAAGGAGACAGUUGAAAUUGAAAUGAAACCCAAAGUAGAGACUGAGGUUUCUUUUGAAGUUGAGAAACCAUCAGAAGUCACUGUGACUGACAUCGAAGCUGAAAUGGAUGUUACACCUAAGGUUGAAGAAGUUACAAAAGAAACUGUUGAAAUUGAAAUGAAACCCAAAGUUGAAACUGAGGUCUCAAUUGAAGCUGAGAAACCAUCAGAAGUAACCAUUACUGAGAUUGAAGCUGAAAUGGAUGUUACACCUAAGGUUGAAGAAGUUACUAAAGAGACUGUUGAAAUUGAAAUGAAACCCAAAGUUGAAACUGAGGUUUCAAUUGAAGCAGAGAAACCAUCAGAGGUCACUGUUACUGAUAUUGAAGUUGAGAUGGAUGUUACACCAAAGAUUGAAGAGGUUUCAAAGGAGACAGUUCAAAUUGAAAUGAAACCCAAAGUAGAGACUGAGGUUUCUUUUGAAGUUGAGAAACCAUCAGAAGUCACUGUGACUGACAUCGAAGCUGAAAUGGAUGUUACACCUAAGGUUGAAGAAGUUAUAAAAGAAACUGUUGAAAUUGAAAUGAAACCCAAAGUUGAAACUGAGGUCUCAAUUGAAGCUGAGAAACCAUCAGAAGUCACCAUUACUGAGAUUGAAGCUGAAAUGGAUGUUACACCUAAGGUUGAAGAAGUUACAAAAGAGACUGUUGAAAUUGAAAGGAAACCCAAAGUUGAAACUGAGGUUUCAAUUGAAGCAGAGAAAACAUCAGAGGUCAUUGUUACUGAUAUUGAAGUUGAGAUGGAUGUAACACCAAAGAUUGAAGAGGUGUCAAAGGAGACUGUUGAAAUUGAAAUGAAACCCAAAGUUGAGACUGAGGUUUCUUUUGAAGUUGAGAAACCAUCAGAAGUCACUGUGACUGACAUUGAAGCUGAAAUGGAUGUUACACCUAAGGUUGAAGAAGUUACAAAAGAAACUGUUGAAAUUGAAAUGAAACCCAAAGUUGAAACUGAGGUCUCAAUUGAAGCUGAGAAACCAUCAGAAGUCACCAUUACUGAGAUUGAAGUUGAGAAAGAUGUUACACCUAAGGUUGAAGAGAUUUCAAAGGAGACUGUUGAAAUUGACAUGAAACCCAAAGUUGAGACUGAGGUUUCUUUUGAAGUUGAGAAACCAUCAGAAGUCACCGUGACUGACAUUGAAGCUGAAAUGGAUGUUACACCUAAGGUUGAAGAAGUAACAAAAGAAACUGUUGUAAUUGAAAUGAAACCCAAAGUUGAAACUGAGGUCUCAAUUGAAGCUGAGAAACCAUCAGAAGUCACCAUUACUGAGAUUGAAGUUGAGAUGGAUGUAACACCUAAGGUUGAAGAAGUUACUAAAGAGACUGUUGAAAUUGAAAUGAAACCCAAAGUUGAAACUGAGGUUUCAAUUGAAGCAGAGAAACCAUCAGAGGUCACUGUUACUGAUAUUGAAGUUGAGAUGGAUGUUACACCAAAGAUUGAAGAGGUUUCAAAGGAGACAGUUGAAAUUGAAAUGAAACCCAAAGUAGAGACUGAGGUUUCUUUUGAAGUUGAGAAACCAUCAGAAGUCACUGUGACUGACAUCGAAGCUGAAAUGGAUGUUACACCUAAGGUUGAAGAAGUUACAAAAGAAACUGUUGAAAUUGAAAUGAAACCCAAAGUUGAAACUGAGGUCUCAAUUGAAUCUGAGAAACCAUCAGAAGUCACUGUUACUGAAAUUGAAGUUGAGAAAGAUGUUACACCUAAGGUUGAAGAGAUUUCAAAGGAGACUGUUGAAAUUGACAUGAAACCCAAAGUUGAGACUGAGGUUUCUUUUGAAGUUGAGAAACCAUCAGAAGUCACCGUGACUGACAUUGAAGCUGAAAUGGAUGUUACACCUAAGGUUGAAGAAGUAACAAAAGAAACUGUUGUAAUUGAAAUGAAACCCAAACUUGAAACUGAGGUCUCAAUUGAAGCUGAGAAACCAUCAGAAGUCACCAUUACUGAGAUUGAAGUUGAGAUGGAUGUAACACCUAAGGUUGAAGAAGUUACUAAAGAGACUGUUGAAAUUGAAAUGAAACCCAAAGUUGAAACUGAGGUUUCAAUUGAAGCUGAGAAACCAUCAGAGGUCACUGUUACUGAUAUUGAAGUUGAGAUGGAUGUUACACCAAAGAUUGAAGAGGUUUCAAAGGAGACUGUUGAAAUUGAAAUGAAACCCAAAGUAGAGACUGAGGUUUCUUUUGAAGUUGAGAAACCAUCAGAAGUCACUGUGACUGACAUCGAAGCUGAAAUGGAUGUUACACCUAAGGUUGAAGAAGUUACAAAAGAAACUGUUGAAAUUGAAAUGAAAUCCAAAGUUGAAACUGAGGUCUCAAUUGAAGCUGAGAAACCAUCUGAAGCCACUGUUACUGAAAUUGAAGUUGAGAAAGAUGUUACACCUAAGGUUGAAGAGAUUUCAAAGGAGACUGUUGAAAUCGACAUGAAACCCAAAGUUGAGACUGAGGUUUCUUUUGAAAUUGAGAAACCAUCAGAAGUCACUUUGACUGACAUUGAAGCUGAAAUGGAUGUUACACCUAAGGUUGAAGAAGUAACAAAAGAGACUGUUGAAAUUAAAAUGAAACCCAAAGUUGAAACUGAGGUCUCAAUUGAAGCUGAGAAACCAUCAGAAGUCACCAUUACUGAGAUUGAAGCUGAUAUGGAUGUUACACCAAAGGUUGAAGAAGUUACAAAAGAGACUGUUGAAAUUGAAAGGAAACCCAAAGUUGAAACUGAGGUUUCAAUUGAAGCAGAGAAACCAUCAGAGGUCACUGUUACUGAUAUUGAAGUUGAGAUGGAUGUUACACCAAAGAUUGAAGAGGUGUCAAAGGAGACUGUUGAAAUUGAAAUGAAACCCAAAGUUGAGACUGAGGUUUCUUUUGAAGUUGAGAAACCAUCAGAAGUCACUGUGACUGACAUUGAAGCUGAAAUGGAUGUUACACCUAAGGUUGAAGAAGUUACAAAAGAAACUGUUGAAAUUGAAAUGAAACCCAAAGUUGAAACUGAGGUCUCAAUUGAAUCUGAGAAACCAUCAGAGGUCAUUGUUACUGAUAUCGAAGUUGAGAUGGAUGUUACACCAAAGAUUGAAGAGGUGUCAAAGGAGACUGUUGAAAUUGAAAUGAAACCCAAAGUUGAGACUGAGGUUUCUUUUGAAGCAGAGAAACCAUCAGAAGUCACCGUGACUGACAUUGAAGCUGAAAUGGAUGUUACACCUAAGGUUGAAGAAGUUACAAAAGAAACUGUUGAAAUUGAAAUGAAACCCAAAGUUGAAACUGAGGUCUCAAUUGAAGCUGGGAAACCAUCAGAAGUCACCAUUACUGAGUUUGAAGCUGAAAUGGAUGUUACACCUAAGGUUGAAGAAGUUGCAAAAGAGACUGUUGAAAUUGAAAUGAAACCCAAAGUUGAAACUGAGGUUUCAAUUGAAGCAGAGAAACCAUUUGAGGUCACUGUUACUGAUAUUGAAGUUGAGAUGGAUGUAACACCAAAGAUUGAAGAGGUGUCAAAGGAGACUGUUGAAAUUGAAAUGAAACCCAAAGUUGAGACUGAGGUUUCUUUUGAAGCUGAGAAACCAUCAGAAGUCACCGUGACUGACAUUGAAGCUGAAAUGGAUGUUACACCUAAGGUUGAAGAAGUUACAAAAGAAACUGUUGAAAUUGAAAUGAAACCCAAAGUUAAAACUGAGGUUUCAAUUGAAGCUGAGAAGCCAUCAGAAGUCACCAUUACUGAGAUUGAAGUUGAGAUGGAUGUUACACCUAAGGUUGAAGAGGUUACAAAAGAGACUGUUGAAAUUGAAACAAAACCCAAAGUUGAAUCUGAAGUUCUAAAAAAAGCUGAGAUGCCAUCAGAAGUCACUGUUACUGAAAUUGAAAUUGAGAAGGAUGCUACUCCUCAAGUUGAAGAAGUGUCAAUGGAGAUAGUUAAAAUUGAAAGUAAACCAGAAGAUGUAUCCCCCAUUGUUGAAGAAUCUUUGAUACUAUCAGCUGAUAUCCCUGUGAAAGAUAAGGAAGAAUCUGGUGUGGAUGUCAUGAUCACUGAUCUUUCCAUAUCAAAACCAAGCUAUUCUGUGUCAGAAAUUUCUGAAGAAGUUGGUUUUGAUGAAACUGAAAUUGAUAUUGGCAAAAUUGGUGAGGUUCGAAAAACCAAACUUGGUGUUGAAAUUGUUUAUGAGAGUGGCUCUGAAGAGGAAAUGUCUGCUGAUUUCUCUAUCCCUGAUUCAGGUUCAGAGGUACAGGAGGAAGUCACCAUCGACACUGAGUUACUCUCUGAGAAGGAGAAACAAGUUGAAGAAGAGAAGGAGGCACUGUCUGAUGAAGAAACCAAGGUGCCACUUCAAACUGUUGAAGAGACAGUGAUCAGAACUGCCCCAGAGUUCACCACCGAACUGACCGACAUAAAAACUACCGAUGGUGGGAAGGCUACUUUCGAGGUCGUUGUCACUGGCAGCCCGAAGCCCGAGGUCACAUGGCUUAAGGAUGAUGUUCUCAUCCAAGAGUCUGAAGAAUUUACGAUCUCGCAGGAGGGUGACGUGAUAACGCUGAUGAUUCCUGAUGUUUAUCCGGAAGAUGCUGGUAGAUACACAGUGGUAGCUAAGAACGAGCUUGGCUCUGUUAUGACCACUGCUGUCCUCUAUGUGGAAGCCCCUGAAGAGGAAUUGAUUCCACCAGCAUUCGCCCAGAAGCCCAAGUUCCAGAACGUAGAUGAAGGAUCCACUGUGACCUUCUCUGCCAAGGUUAUCGCCAUACCCAAAGCUGAUAUAUUCUGGAGCCACAAUGGUGUCCAACUGGAGGAGGAUGACCUUCACACCAUAGAGAUCAUUGAGGAGGAAUCAACCUGCACAACGACCUUGACUUUACAAGAGGUCACGCCACAGGAAGCCGGCACGUACAAGUGUGUCGCUAUCAAUGAAGCUGGCGAGGAAACUGUGUCAGCCUCUCUCAUUGUUAAAGAGGCUCCAGUGCAGAAGGACCUCAGAAGCCAACUGAAAAAAGAAGUGAAAACUAAGGUUGGAUUUAGGAAGCAGGUUGAGCACAAGGAUUUCAGAGAUCAACUCCAAACUCAUGUGCAAACUAAAGAAGGGGUUAGGUCAGAGGCCGAACAAGUUGACUUCCGAACAAACUUGACCACCAAAGUUGAUACAAAAGUGGAUCAAAGGUUCGGCGCGGAGCAGAUAGAUUUCAGACAAGAAGCACUGAAGACAAAGGUGGAUACCAAAGUUGGUCAGAAAUUCAAAGCUGAACAGGUCGAUUAUCGUCAAGAAGCCUUGAAAACCAAAGUUGACACAAAAGUUGGACAGAAAUUUGACACAGAGCAAGUUGAUUAUCGUGACAUUGCCUUGAAGACGAAAGUCCAGACAAAAGCUGGGGAGCAGUUCGAAGCCAUACAAGUUGAUUAUCGAGACGCUCUGACGAAUAAGGCCACAACGAGGGACGUUGAACAGUAUGAGGCAGAACAAAAGGAUUACAGAGAUGCGCUCCAGAGAAAAGUGGAAACUAAGAAGGAUGAGAAGUUUGAAAUGGAGCAAGUCGAUUAUAGAGAAGCUUUGAAAUCUAAGGUAGACACAAAGAUUGGCCAGACGUUUGAAAUGGAGCAAGUUGACUACACAGGAGUACUGAAAUCUGAGCCCACUUUUGCUGAUGAAGUUGCCACUGUAGAGGAGGCUGAGGAAAGCCCAGAAGUAGUAUCUGAGGUGGAAGCCACAGCAACAGUUACAGAGGAGGAGAAACCAGUCAGCCCAGAGUUUGUGCUCGUCCUGGAGGACAUGAAGGUGAAGGAGGGUAAACCAGUCCAGUUUGUCGCCAAGGCAACAGGAGAACCCAUCCCCACCAUCACCUGGUACCAUGAUGACGAACCCAUCCUUGAUGGAGAAGUCUACAAAAUCAGAUACCCGUCAGAAGGGGAGAGCACUCUUGUGUUGGCUGAAGCCUUCCCCGAAGAUACUGGAGUCUACACUGCCAAGGCAACCAAUGAGAUUGGAGAAGUUGAAUGUAGCUCCACCCUUGAAGUUGCUGAACUUAUUGAAGAAGCUGAGCAACUGGACUUCAGAAUGGCUUUGAAAAAGCCUGUAGAGACCAAAGUUGGAACUCAGUUUGAUAUGGAACAACUUGACUUUAGAUCCUUACUUAAACCAUCGUCCGAAAAAUCUAAGAAAUUUGAAGAAGAUGUCACAGAAACCAUCACCAUAGAGACAGAACAACCUGAGACACAGGAAGUGGAGGUAACCAUGGUAGCCCCAGAAUUUGUGCUCACCAUCUCUGAUGUGGCUGUCAAGGAGGGCGAGGGUGCAACCUUGACAUGCAAGGUCAAAGGUCAGCCAGUCCCAGAGGUCACAUGGUACCAUGCAGACCAGCCAAUCAAAUCAGAUGACGUGUACAAGGUCAUCCCUGGAGAAGAAGGGGAGAUCACUCUAGAGAUCCCGGAGAUUUUCCCAGAGGAUGGUGGUCUGUACACAGUCAAGGCCACAAACCAGGCCGGCUCUGUGGAGGCGUCUGCUGUGCUCACUGUCACAGAACUUGUAGAAGCAGAGGAAGAGACAGUUCCUGAGCUGAAGGCUGAGGUCAUCAUCCAGGAGACAGAUGUGACCUUGGAAACCCCACAGACUGACCUUGAGACUGUCCAGGUUGACCUUCAACUGCCUGUAGAGGAGAAGUUCACCUUGCCAACAGGGGAGAGCACUGAAGCUGAAUUCCAGUCUCGGCAUGCUUUGGAGCUUGAUACUCAGGAUAGUGAUCGUAUAUUCACUUGGAAAAUGAAAAACAUAGAGUCUGAGAAUGAAUCAGGCCCUGCUAUAUUUAAGGAGGAAAUCAUUGUUGAGGAUCAUCCUGUCCUCCUUACUGAAGAUUCACCUCCUCCCCUACCUACCUCCAUGCCAGGAGAGCUCCAAAAGCAAGGAUCCACAAGCAGUGAAGAGUACAUCCCUGAGAUUACUGGUGUAGAAUAUGAUCAGUACUUAUUACAGAAGAGAAAUUCACCUGACAUUGGUGAGGUUAAAUUCGAAGCAGAAAUUGAUGACUCUGAGAUUCAAGGAGGUAUUCAGACAGCUCCAGCUAGAUUUACCCUUGAUUAUGAUGUUGAUGUGCAUGACCAAAGCAAUAAGACUGAAGGACAUGAGCCAGAGUCUGACAUUCAUGAAGAAUAUAAUUACGGGAUUCCAAAAGAUAAUAUUCCAGACAAACAUUUUGGUAUUGAUUUAUUGUCAGUAAGAACUGAAGAUGAAGUUUCAGAACUUCCUGAAUCUGAAAUAGCUUCAAUGAUAUCAGACAGAAAAGCUGAGUUGGAGCGAAGAGACUCUGAUGUAUCACUGUCAGAUAGGGAAUAUUCUGACAAAGAUGAUGACAAUGUUGUCAUAUCUGACACUGACUCCGAGUCACCACUUUCUGCUAAAGUUAAACCAAAAAAAGAACCUAGCUUGAAGUCAGACAGCUCAAGCAAUGAUGAAGACAAGAAAGUUGAAAGUAGUGAAUCAAGUGAGGAAGAGGAUAAGGAAAAGGUUGAAGACAAUGUCAAAGUAAGUGAAGGUCUAGACGAAUCUUUUGAUGAAUCAGAGUCAUUAGGUGUUCCUUCUAGAGUUUAUGGAGAUCAGUACUUUCAAGAGAUCAGUAAGCUUAGAGAACAGCACCAAUUUGGACCUGAAAUUCCACAGAAACCAAGCAAGUCAACCAAGGAGACUUAUAACCCAGAGAAUGCCAAGACUGUAAUACCUGAGAGAAAUAUUAUCGUCUCCCCUGAUGAGAAAUCUGAAAGUAGCACAAGUGAUAGUGAAACAGACUCUGAUGAUGCGAAAGAUAAGAAGAGAUACAUUCUUGACAAUGAAGAUGAAGAUAAGUUAAAGGACAGUAAAGAAAUGUUUGAGAAAGAUGAUGAAGAUAAAUCUCCAAGAGAUAAAUAUCAAUUUGGACAAGGACUUCCUGUUCCUAGGCUUAAACUUAAGAGAGAAUCCUCUGAUUCUGAGUCUGAUGCCCCUAAUGAAACAGAUGAAUCUAACUUAGAUGUUACAACUGAUCUCGAAACAACUGUUGAUUUGGAAACAACUUUGGACAAAGUUGAAGCAAAGCCAGAAGAAUCUGGAAGCUCUGAUCAGGACACUGUAGGUAAAACAACUGAUGAAGACUCGUCUACUAUCAAGGAAGAGUUCAUUACAUUGGUGGAUAGUCUUGAAAUGAGACCACAACAAAUCAUAGAAGUCAAGGAGUAUAUCUCAUCAGAUGAUGAUGUUCCUCAUGUUGCUGAGCAUGUUGAAAUCAGGAGUGAGUCACCAGUAAUAGAGACAGGGUUUGUAAAUGAAAGUGAGCUCUCUAGAAUAGCAGAGGAACCAGAACAGUCUGAAUCAGAUGAGUCAGAUUCUUCAUCCACUAGCGCCGAGAGUGUCAGACAUGUAGAAAUACCUCUGAGGGAUGAAAUACUUCAGCCGGUGCCUGAGGAAUCGGAAUCAGCUGAUGUUUCCAUGGAGAUGCCAAGAGAAGGGGAGAUCAGCGACACUUCGUUUGAUGUAGAUGAGAGCUUCAAUAUCGAAAGUCCACUAGCAAAGUCUACCCUGACAAGUCUACAGCAUUCAACCCCAAGCAAGGUGACCUUUGAUGAGGAGCCAAUCAAAACUGUGGAGGAAAUCAGUGUGGAGGUGGAGAUUCCCCGCUUCAUUGAAGAGCUCACAGAUCAAGAGGUUACAGAGGGAGACACUGUCACUCUGUUUGUCAAGGUCGACGGAAAACCAUUCCCUGAACUGACAUGGUACCGAGAUGGUGUAGAGAUCCAACCAGAUGACCGCCACACCAUUGAUAUUCGCGGCAACUUUGCUGCCCUCAUUAUGAACGACAUUCAGCCCGAGGACGAUGCGGAGUAUUCCAUCACCGCUAGCAACAAGGCUGGCAAGGCAACCUCCAAGUGUGAACUCUUUGUUAACCCACUUGGGGACGCACCAUCAUUCAUCUCAAGCAUCUCCGACUUGGAAGUGGAGCUUGAAUCCCCUAUUGUCCUGCAAUGCCAGGUCCGGGGAACGCCCAAGAAGAUCACUUGGUUGAAGGAUGGAGAAGAGGUAGAUGGAGAUCGAUACAAAACAAACUACGAGGAAGAGGUAGUCACCCUCACAAUCGAGCAGUCCAUUCCUGAAGACGAGGGCGAAUACACAAUCAAGGCAAUCAAUGACAAAGGUGUCGCCACCAGCAGUGCCGAGGUUCUCGUGCAUAUCGAGGCCCCGGUGUUUACCACUCAGCUCGAAGACGUUGUCAUUGAGCUCGCCGAUACUGCGGUAUUCCGGUGUAAAGUUACUGGAAUUCCCAAACCAAAGUUGCAGUGGUACAUCGAGGAUACCCCUGUGGUUGAGGGGCCUAAAUAUAGCACGGCCUUUGAAGACAAUGUCGCAACCUUGGAAAUCAAGGAAGUGUCUAUGGACGAAUCCCCAAUGUUCGUAACUUGUAAGGCUGAAAACGUGGCUGGUGAAGCUCGAAGCUCCGCUGAGCUCACUGUGGAAGCUCCAAAAAUAGAAAGCCCAAUUGCCAAAGACACUGAAGAGGUCCAAAAGGAUGACACAACUGCCGUUAUCAAGCCUGAGGGCAGCAAACCAGAAUUCAAACUCAAAAUUAAGACACAAACACUUGAUGAAGGAGACCAGGUGGACUUCAACUGUGAGGUCAUCGGUGAACCCAAACCUGAGAUCAAGUGGCUAUAUAAUGGUGAGGAACUCAAACAGGAGGGACGGUAUCUCAUCUUCGAACAAGAGUGCCUACACCACCUGGAAAUCACUGACAUUUUACCAGAGGAUGCUGGGAAAUACCUUGUUGAGGCUGAGAACAAGUUUGGUAAAGCCAGUUGCACAGCUGAGCUGAAGGUCAUUGAAAAACCCAUUGAAGAAGUGCAGAAAUUGGAAGCUCCGAAGUUUACCAUUGAGAUUCAAACUGUUGAAACUACCAUCGGAGAUAAGGCUUCAUUCUUCUGCAAAGCCAAGGGAAAUCCUCAGCCUGAGAUUCUCUGGUACAAAGAAGACAAAGAGAUCACCAAGGACGACAACAGAUUCACUAUUGAAUAUGGAGAGGAAGGGGAUUCCUCAUUACUAAUUAUAGAUGUUCUGCCAGAGCAUGAUGGGAAGUACAUGGCUGAAGCCAAGAACGAGGCUGGGAAAGCCAUCACCAAGGCUGAGCUCUUUGUACAUGACAAAGAAGAAGUGUACAAACCUGAGAUCAUCAAAUCUCCGACACAGGUGCUUGCUAGGGAACAUGACCGCGCCCAGUUCUUGGUCAAGGUCAUUGGCAUGCCCAGCCCCACUGUGACAUGGAAAAAGGAUGACAAGCCUCUGGAUGACACAGAGCUAUAUCAUGUUGAGAGUUACGAGGACACAUACUGCUUUGAGAUCAAGGACACAACUGUGCAUGAUGCGGGUGUUUACUUGUGUGUCGCCACCAAUGAAGUUGGUGAAGACUCUCGGGAAAUCCCUCUGGAAGUCAAAGGAGAGUUUGAAGUAAAAAUAGAGCCAGAAGAGGCAUCCCGCGAUGAGAGAGUUACGGAAUCCCCGUUAGUCCUCCGAUCCCAGGAACUGUCACAACCACCAGAAUUCACAGAAACACUCCAGCCCCUGACUGCCAUGGAAGAGAAGCCAAUGACCUUGACCUGCAAGGUUGAGGGCCUACCUCGCCCAGAGGUUACAUGGCUCAGAGAUGGCAAGGAAAUCACAGUAACCCCCAAUGUGAAGCAAUCCUACGUCGAGGACACAGCGACCUUGACCUUCACCAAGAUGUCAAUGGAUAUGGAUGGGGAGUACAAGUGUGUCGCUGAAAACUCAGCCGGAACCACAGAAACUGUCGCCAAGGUUACUGUUGAAGGCAAAAUGGAGGCCCCAGAGUUGACACGUAAACUCACCGACCGAGAAUGUCGUGAAGGUCGCCCUGUCAAGUUUGAGUGUGCCGUUAAGGGCAUUCCAAAGCCAGAGGUCAAAUGGUUCAUAAAUGACCAGCCAAUCGAGACAGGCCUUAAAUUCCACACAGACCAGCGUAAGGGAGUGGUAGGGGACAUAACCCACAGCCUGAGUAUCGACUCUACGGAGGUCGAUUAUGCCGGCAAGGUCAAGGCCGUUGCUACCAACAAGGCUGGAGAUGUCGAAACCAUAGCAACCCUCACUGUAGAAGAGAAGAAAGAGAUGCCAAAGUUUGUCCGCAAACUGGAGAACAUUGACACAAUUGAGAAGCAAACUGUCUCAUUUGAGUGCGAGGUCAGCGGCAAACCCAAACCUCAUGUCACAUGGACUCGAGGUAACGUGGAGCUGACUAAUGACAUGGAUGACAUGGAGAUCUCUUCUACUGACCGCGUCCACUCUCUCACUAUGGCCAAUGUGAAGCCGACCGAUGCUGCCCUCUACAGUGUCAAGGCCCACAACCCCGCUGGUCAGACAUCAUGCAGUGCAAGGCUUAAAGUCGCACCUGCAAGGAGGCCAAGCUUUAUGCGAAGGAUGUCGGACAUCUUGGCGCCUGAGAGCGGUGUGGCCAAGUUUGAUUGCAAAGUGGAGGGAUUCCCGGCCCCAGAAGUCAAAUGGUUCCUGAAUGAAAAAGAACUUGAACCUAGCGAAUCAAUAAUCAUGGAGCGCAACAAGGACGGGACAUGCACCCUGACAAUCAAGGAUGCGACCCCUGACAUGCAGGGAGAGAUCAAGGCCAUUGCUGCCAAUGCUGGUGGAGAGGAACUGUGUGCCGCCAACCUAGAGGUCAGAGGUCUAGCUCCCACCUUUGAGGAAACACCUAUCAAAUGUACCAUCCUUGAAGGUGACAAGGCCAUAUUCCAGUGCAAGGUCAUAGGUGAACCAGCCCCAACCCUGGAGUGGUCCAAGGGCAAAUGGUCGAAACUCAAACCAUCAGACAAAUACAGCAUCUUCAAGGAUGAAGAAACCGGACUCGACAUUCUCGAAAUUAAUGACAUCAAGAAGAAAGAUGCAGGCACAUACCAGGUGUGCGCGACAAAUGAGCACGGGAAAGUGGAAGUUCCCGCUACGCUGAUCGUUACCUCCAACCCUGAGGAAGCAGCAGACUGGAAAGCUGCCCUCAAACACAGGGACUAUGACAGAGAGGAUGGUGAGCUGGAUGCGGACUGGUUACCCAAUCUGCGCCAUGUGGAGCAGGAAGAAGGUGAACCAGUCAAACCAGAGGAGAAGGCACUAUUUGCAGAGAAAGAUGAACCAGCUGCCUUCCUGAUUAUGCAGAAACGCCGACUCUCAGAGAUUGGAGGUAAGAGAGAACCAGUCACCGAUGAACCUAUAGAACGGGAAACAGUCGAUGUAGAAAUGUUGGUUCCAUCAAAAUCGGAGAAAUUGGAGGCACCGUCAGAGGAGAUUGAGAAACCCGCAUAUCAAAGAGAGGCUAAGGAACUUGCAACUGAUCAACUUGAUUCUGCCGAACUCGCCAUUCCUAAAGUCAAGUGGGAAUGGACCAUACCUCUCAAGGAUGUCAAGGUCACAGAAACAGAAUCUGCUGAAUUCACGUGCGAGUUUUCAAUCCCCGACGUCAACGUUGUCUGGUCUGUGAAAGGUGAACCAGUUGAGGCAAGCCCGAAAUACAGCAUCACAUCAGAAGGCAAGAGACACAGUCUUACAAUUGCCAAGUGUCGACCGAAGGAUGAAGGAGAGGUGAAUUGUGUCUAUGCGGACUACACGACCUCAGCAACUCUUAACGUGGAAGCUCUCCACAAGGAGUUCACCAUGGACCUUGAUGACACUGUUGCCAUGGAAAAUACAGAAGCGACCUUCACCUGCAAGGUCAACGAUGACGAAGAUGCAGACGUCACCUGGACUCUUGACAACAAGCCUCUGCCUGAAACAGACAAAUACAAGACAUCACAUGAUGGUGACACACACACCUUGACGAUAUCAGACCUGUCGUCUGGUGAUAACUGUGAGGUCACGGCAACCUUUGGAGACUCCUCUACAUCUGCAACACUGGUUGUUGAAGAAAUAUCAGCGAGCUUCAUUGUGCCAUUGUCAGAUGUCUCCGUUCUUGAGAAAUCCACCGCCGAGUUCUACUGUGAACUGUCGAUGCCUGUUGACAAGGUACGCUGGUUCAUGGAUGAUGUUGAACUUCGACCCAACAAGAAGAUCGCGUUUGUCGAUGACGGAAAGGUUCAUAAACUUAUAAUCAAGGACAUUGAUGUUACCGAUGAAGGACAAAUCUCAGUGCUAGUCGGAGAUAAGAAAUCUACCGCAUCACUGUUUGUACAAGAGUUAACCCCCGAUUUCGUGAAACCCCUAACGGAUCUUACUGUUCAAGAGCGUGGAACAGCUGAAUUUGUUACUGAAGUGAAUAAAGAAGGUAUAACUGUGAAGUGGUUUGUUGAUAACAAGGAGGUGGAAGAAGACGAUAAAUACGAGAUCUACUCUGAGGGUCGAACACAUCGCCUUGUGGUGAAGGAUGUUGUUUUACCCGAUGCGGGAGAGGUAAUGGCCCGAGUGGAGGGAAAAACACAGAAAGCUACCCUCACAGUAGAAGAAGUUCCCGUGGAGAUUGUUGCCGAGCUGACAGAGCAACAUGUCGAGGAGCACAAGGCCUCGUAUUUCACGUGCGAGGUGAACAAACCAGAUGUCACAGUAACCUGGCUGAAAAAUAACAAGCCUCUCUCACACAGUGACAAACACCAGAUGAUCGAGGAUGGAACUACGCACACACUCAUUAUCAUGGACACAGACAAGGCAGACGUGGCGGAAUACUCUGUUGUUGUUGGCGACCGGAGAAGCUCGGCCCAGUUACAUCUAGAUGAGCCUCCAAGUCAGUUCAUAAUUCCGCUCAAUGAAGCCUCGUGCCAGGAAGGUGAAGAGGUCACGUUUACGUGCGAGAUAUCCGAAGACAAGAUCCCCGCUCGUUGGUUCAAGGACGGUGAUAAACUAGAGCCAUCAGAGAAAUAUGUGAUGAAACAAGAUGGCCGCAGACACAGCCUCACUGUGAAGAACACUACAUUGGACGAUAGGGCAGAGUAUACAGUGAAACUGAAGGAUGGCAAGGAAAGCACUGCCCCACUGUUUGUUGAAGAGUCUCCGCUUGAGUUUACCAUGCCACUACAAGAACAAAUGGAAUGUGUCCAAGGUGACGCCGUAACUUUGACCUGUGAGGUCAACAAGCCCAACCGCCCAGCCAUGUGGCUUAGAGAUGGGGAGCAGGUGACCAUUGCCGACGGAUAUGAGAUCAUUGUCGACGGCAAUGUGCACAGCCUGGUCAUCAGACAAGCUUCUCUCGAACAUGAGGCAGAGUAUACGUGCAUGAUCGGCAAUGCUGACACAACUACCACGCUCUAUGUUGAAGAGCCAGCCACAGAAUUCACCCAUCGCCUCAGUGACAUAACAGGCAAAGAGGGUGAAGACAUUGAAAUGUACGUCAAACUCAGCAAAUCUGAUGUUCCCGUCAGCUGGAUGAAAAAUCGUAAGCCCCUCACACCAAGCGAUCGUAUCAAGAUCCUGUGCGAGCGAUAUCGACAGGUGCUCCAAAUUCUUGAUGCCAUUCCAGAGGACGAGGGCGAAUACACGAUCUGCCUGCCAGACAAGACAGAGUCUUCUGCUAUUCUGACAAUUAAAGAGAAAGCACCAGAGUUCACCAAGCCUCUGGGUGACCAGGAGGUGGAUGAGAAGGGCACGCUGACCUUGACAUGUGACCUUAACAAGCCUGACAUUCCUGUCAAGUGGUUGAGAGAUGGGAAGGAUUUGGAUGCUGAUGAGCGUGUGGCUGUCUCCAUGGAUACAUACACACACCAGCUGGUCGUCACGGACAUCAGUCUUACCGAUGCAGGAAAAUAUUCGUGUGUGUGUGGUGAUGUCAGCACGGAGUGCACCAUCAAAGUCAAAGAAUUACCAGCGGAAUUCAUCAAACCACUCAAAGAUACUAAAGCCAAUGACAAGGACAAGACCGCCAGUCUGACAUGUGAGCUCAACAAGCCAAAUAAACCAGUCAAAUGGCUGAAGGAUGGUAAACCAGUCCGGGCAAACAAGAACCUCAAGGUUGUCAUGGACGCGUAUACACACCAGCUUGUGUUCUCUGACAUCACACUGAAGGAUGCUGGGAAAUAUAAAUGCGUCUGUGGAGACGUCUCAACUUCGGCUACCUUCACUGUUGGAGAAGAGCUAAUUAAGUUCACAAAGCCCCUCAAGGACACAGAGGUCACAGAAAAGGAUGAGGUGACCUUGACCUGUGAGGUCAACAAACUUGGCAAGAAGCCGACCUGGUACCUUGACGAUGAGGUCAUCACUCCUGGUGACAGGGUCAAGGUCACAUCUAAAGGUCUGGUGCACAAACUCACCAUUGAGAAGUCCAAACUGCAUGAUGAAGGCAAAUACACCGUAGCAUUUGGAGAUGCCAAGUGUUCAGCCAACCUAACAGUUAAAGAGCUGCCAGUUGAGUUUGUUGCCCCACUGAAGGAUGUUGCCGUAGCCCAGAAGAAAUCUGCCAUCCUUGAGUGUGAAGUGAACAAGCCAGAUGCCACGGCAACCUGGUCUAAAAAUAGCGAGCCAAUCACAGUGUCAGAUGGCUAUGACAUCAGACAUGACAAGACUCACCAUUCCCUGCACCUGGACAGGGUUGCCCCUGACGAUGGGGCAGAAUACACAAUCACCAUUGACAACAACAAGUCCAGCACUGCUAAACUCACUGUGAAAGGUGAGCCCGUUGAGUUCACAGUGCCACUUGAAGACAAACAGACGACAGAAGGGGAGGACGUGACUCUUGAGUGCACAGUCAGUCAGCCAGAACUGACAGCCGAGUGGAGCAAAGACGGGUCACCAGUGGAGGUCAGCGAGAGGAUUAAACCGAAGUCAGUGGACACGACACACUCUCUGACCAUUGAGAAUGUCACUGCCGAGGAUUCGGCCGAUUAUGAGGUCACUGUGGGAGACGCCUCGUCUAAAAUCACACUCACUGUUGAUGAAGCUCCUCUUGAGUUUCUCCGUAAACUCUCUGACGUGGAGGUUGGAGAGCUCCCAGGCAAGGCAACACUCGAGUGUGAACUCAACAAGCCAGACGUUCUCGUCCAGUGGUACCGUGACAAUAAGGCCUUGUCUCCUAGCAACAAGUACAAGAUGGUGGACGAUGGCGCAGUACACAGGCUCGAGAUCUCCGACAUGGAUGGGGAAGAUGAGGGGCCAUAUUCUGUGGUCGCUAAGGGACAGAAGUCUGAGGCCAAUGUGUUUGUGGAAGUACCACCAGUUCUGUUCUUAGACAAAAAAUUCGACGAGACAGUCACCCUCAAACGUGGACAAUCUACCGCGUUUGAGAUCCCAUUCAAGGGAAGCCCACAACCCACAGUUUCAUGGACAUAUAAUGAUGGUGAACUACCCGAUAAGAAACGUAUGGAGGUCCAGACGAUUCAUAACAUGACCACAUGCAGGCUCGGGAAAGUUGUCCGCUCUGACGCCGGCCAGUAUACACUGACACUAGAAAACAAUGUUGGGAAAGCUACACUGAAUAUUACACUCAAUGUCCUAGACAAACCGUCAGCUCCAGAAAACCUCUCUGUCUCCGAUGUGAUGAGCGUCUCCUGUAUCUUCCACUGGGAAAAACCCAAGGACGACGGAGGAUGUGAAAUCAAGCACUACGUUGUUGAGAAGCGCGAGGCAAACCGACGAUCUUGGAACAAGGUUGACACAACAGUUACCUUGGAGAUGACAAUUCCAAAACUUGUGAAGAACACACAGUACCUGUUCAGAGUGGCUGCCGAGAAUGAAGUUGGGGUCGGGGAAUUUGCUGAACUGCCUGAACCUGUCACUGCCAAGGAGAGCUUUGUUGUGCCAGACGCCCCAGAGGCUCCCAAGGUCACAGAGAUCUUCAAGGAUAAAGCUACUGUUACCUGGCAACCACCAAGCAAAGAUGGCGGCUCCCCAAUCACUGGGUACCUUGUUGAGCGGAACUCAGACGUCAGCAGUCGCUGGAUCUCAAUCACCAAGAAGCCUGUCACAGAGACUACUCUGUGUGAUAAGGAGCUUGCAGAGGGAACCAAAUACCAGUACAGGGUCAUUGCCCAGAACAAAGCCGGGCCCAGCAAACCAAGCCAGCCCUCACAACCCGCCAAGGCUAAGGAUCCUUAUGACAAGCCAGCUAAGUCAGGCGUUCCAGAGAUCAUGGGCACAGACAAGUCUUCUGUCGCUCUCAAAUGGUCGCCCCCGACAACAGAUGGAGGGGCACCUGUUGGCUUCAUCGUGGAGUACCGUCGCCGUAAUUCCUCUACCUGGCAUCGUGCCAACAGUGAACCGGUUGAGGAGACAACGUUCAGUGUGACUGGUUUACAAGAGGGUGAAGAGUAUGAGUUCAGAAUUACGUCUGAGAAUAAGGCAGGAAAAGGUCCCGUCUCUGAGGUUUCAAAGGCCGUCAAGGUUGAAGUGCCUCUUGAUGGCGUACCACCAAUGAUCCUGGAGCCACUGAAUGACGUGACUGUCAUCUCACCUAACGACGCUAUCCUCGAAUGUGACAUUGAUGUCGGAGAGCCAGAAUCUGAAGUUAAAUGGUUCAAAGGAAGUAAGGAGGUUCGCAAGAGCUCCAAGUAUGAGAUGAGCUACGAAGACGAGGUUGCCUCCCUUGUUAUCCAUAAGACAGAGCUUGACGACGCCGGAAUGUACGCCGUGCAGGCAGCCAACCCAAUGGGCUCUGUGAAGUCGGAGGGCAACCUGGCUGUGCAUACUCACCCUAAACUGGACUACGACAACCGACUUAAGGGAAUACAGAACAUCAAGGCUGGUACCACACUGACGCUCCCGGUCAACACGAGUGGAAUACCGAACCCCAACAUCACAUGGCUAUUGGACGAGGAGCCAAUCGAGCGGUCCGCCCGCAUCACCGUGGAAACAGCAGAUGGAGUGACCACACUGACAGUGAAGAACGCGACCGUGGAUGAUACAGGGCUUUACACUGUGGAGGCAGAGAAUGUUGUCGGGAAGGCGGUGGCAGACUUUGAUGUCAACGUUAAAGACAAGCCAUCUCAGCCCAGCAACCUGGCUGUUCCCAAGGUGAUGAAGGAUUCCGUGGUGUUGUCAUGGCAACCACCAAGCAGCACAGGAGGAAGUGACAUCAGCGCUUACAUCAUCGAGAAACGUGACGCCAAGCGUAACACAUGGACCCAGGUGGACAAAGUGCCAGGAAACACACUCACAUGCGAUGUUCAGAAACUUCUGGAAGGAAACGAGUACUUCUUCCGCGUGUCAGCAGAAAAUGACAUCGGCCGUGGAGACAAUGCUGAACUAGAGGCUCCUAUCAAAGCCAAAUGUCCAUAUGAUGUACCAGACAGCCCAACACACCUACAAGCCACAGAGGUCACCAAGUCCUCAGUGACCUUGACCUGGGAGGUGCCCCAGAAAGAUGGCGGCUCUCCCAUUACGGGAUACGUUCUUGAACGCUGCCAGUUGCCUGGCAACCGGUGGGUGAAGGUCAGCAAGAAACCAGUGCCUGACACUAUGUACACUGUGCCGGACCUUGUAGAAAAUAUACAGUACCAGUUCCGUGUGGCUGCAGUUAAUGACAUUGGAACUGGAAAACCGUCUGAGCCUACCAGUCCCAUACUGGCUAAGCUGCCCUUUGACAAGCCAAGUGCCCCUGGAGUUCCCAACAUCACUGAGGUGACCAAUAACACAGCAACCCUGGAAUGGGCCCAGCCCAGCAAGGACGGUGGUAGCCCUGUUACCAAUUACACCAUCGAGUACAAGCCGAGCACCGGACACAAGUGGCUUCCUGCCAAUCGCGGGGACCAGGUGCCCGCUACCACGUUCACCAUUACCGACCUUGUGGAAGGAGAGGUGUACCAGUUCCGUGUCACUGCCGAAAACAAAGCCGGAGUGGGAAAACCCUCAGAUGUCUCUGAGAAAGUCACCAUUAAGGCUCCUGUUGUUGGCGAAGCACCAUCAGUACUGGAAGGCCUUCCAGAUGUAUCUGUGGUGCUAGGAGAGACGGCAUACCUAGAGUGUAAGAUCAGCGGUGAGCCGACUCCGACAAUCGCCUGGUUCAAAGACAAACGAGAGAUCACUGACAACAAGAAGUACCAGAUUGAAUACACAGACAUGGUCGCGUCAAUCAAGAUCAAGGAAUGUACUGAGAAAGACGCAGCCAGCAUCACGUGUGAGGCCUCCAACGAGCUUGGUUCAGUGAAGACAACUGGCCAGCUGGAAGUCCAAGACAAACCUAAACUCGAAUAUGACAACAAAUACCUACAAGUGACACUUAAUGUGGGCGCUAACUUGAAGAUACCAGUCCAUGUUUCUGGCCUGCCCAAGCCUUCAGUGACAUGGAGCAAGGAUGAGAAACCAGUCCGCUCCCAUGGCAACCUGACUGUUGACGUUAGCGACCGAGCAGCAACCUUGACCCUGAAGAAGGUCACACGUGAAGAUGAUGCAGUGUACACGAUUCAUGCACAGAAUGAAGCAGGACAGGUCUCGGCUGAAUUUGAUGUGGAAGUCAUUGAUGUUCCUGACAAACCGGCCAGUCUGGAUGUGGAUGAAGUAUCCAGGGACUCUGUCUCAUUGUCAUGGCAACCAUCCCCCGAUGAUGGGGGGUCCAACAUCCUGUCAUACAUCCUGGAACGCCGCGAACAGGGACGCUCCAUGUGGAUGAAGGUCGUGUCCGUCAAUGCCGACGAGAUGUCCCACACUGUCAAAGACUUAAUCGAGGGCAAGGAGUAUUACUUCAGAAUAUCUGCUAAGAAUGAAGUGGGAAUCUCUGAACCCCGGGAAAUGCCCAAGUCUGUAACUCCGAAGAGUGGAUUCGAUGUACCCGGUGUGCCAGAUGGCCCACUAGAGGUCAGUGACAUCACCGCUGACAGCGUGAGGUUGUCAUGGAAACCACCUAGUUACAACGGCGGCUCCCCAGUCACAAAGUACCUGCUUGAAAAGUGUGACAUGAAGUGGAUGGCGUGGGGACCGGUUGCAGAGGUUGACGCCAAGACGUUGAGCCAUGUUGUAGGAAAACUGAUAGAGGACCAGCCAUAUUUGUUCCGAGUGUCAGCCAUCAAUGCUGAGGGUCAAGGAAAACCCCUACAGACAGAACUGGAGGUCAAACCCAAGACACCUGCUGGUGCACCGGGCAAGCCAUCGGGCAAGUUGACCUUGACAAAGCCAACCAAGGACAGUGUGACCUUGACAUGGACUCCGCCCAAGAAAGAUGGUGGGGCUCCCAUCAAGGGAUACAAGAUUGAGGUCAGCAACGAUGGUAAGACAUGGACUGAUCUUGACACCACAAACAAACUGACGACACAGUACACAGCCAAGAAGCUGGAGACUGGCAAGGAUUACUUCUUCCGUGUGUCUGCUGAGAAUGAUACCGGCUUAGGAGAGGGACUAGUCUCAGAGGUUUUCAAGCCAGUCAAACCAAUAGAAGUACCGGACAAGCCCGAUUCUGUAGAAAUCCUGGACCUCCAGAAGACAUCUGCUAAGCUCCAGUGGACCCCACCCACCAACGACGGGGGAUCACCGAUUACAGGCUACCUUAUCGAGAAACGUGAUAUGAAGAGGCCAACAUGGACGUCUGCUGGCAAGGCACCUAAAGACGCUACAGAGUUUACCGCAGAUAAAUUACUGGAGGGUGGAGAGUAUUUGUUCCGCGUGAUCGCCCAGAACAAGAAAGGCCCGAGUGCACCGUGCGAAACAAAGGCCCCAGUCAUCAUGAAGAGUCCGUUCAAUGUACCGGAGAAGCCAGAGGGUCCUUUGCUGGUUGAAAACAUCACCAGGGAUUCUGUGGAUCUCUCAUGGCAACCACCAAGAUCAGAUGGAGGCUCUACAAUCAAAAACUACUUAAUCGAAUACAAACCACUUGAUCGACCCAACUGGAUCAAGGCUGGUACAACAGCUGGGCUAGUGACAGACUUCACUGUUCCCAACCUGAUUGAGGAAACCGACUACAUGUUCCGUAUCUCUGCUGUCAAUGAAGAGGGAACUAGUAAACCUCUGGAAACGGAAAAACCUGUCAAAGCACAGAAGGACAUCACUGUUCCCAGUGCACCACAAGACCUCAGUGUCAUCAAGAUGGACAAAAGCUCUGUCACCCUGGAAUGGAAGGCCCCUGAAAAUGAUGGAGGCUCCAAACGCACUGCCUUUAUCGUGAGCAAGUUGGAUGCCAAGUCAGAUGAAUGGGUCAAGGUUGCGACUUUGAAACCCCAGGAAAUGGUAUACAAGGUCAAGGACUUGCCAGAGAAGAAGUUCUAUUUCUCCGUUGCCGCGGAGAAUGCUGCUGGAGUUGGUCCCGCUGCGGAGACAGACAAGUCUGUGAAACCAGAGUACCCCAGAGGUCCACCAAGUACACCAGUUGGACCGCUGAUGGCAAGUGAUAUUGACGGAACACACCUGAUAUUGUCAUGGCAACCACCUGAGCAUGACGGCGGGUCCCCGCUUACUGGAUACUUCAUAGAGAAGCGUGAGGGAACCAAGCAGUUCUGGGGCAAGGUUGCUAAGAUACCAGCUGACGCGGAGAUGUACCGCGUUACCGACCUGACAGAGGGAACCACCUACUUGUUCCGGGUCUCCGCAGAAAACCCAGAGGGAACCAGCAAACCCCUCGAAAUGAAGGACACAAUUACACUCAAGAGCACCUGCAAAGUUCCAGAGAAGCCUGUUGGUCCGAUCCAGGUUUCCAACCUCACAGAAGAUUCUGUGACAUUGACUUGGAAACCACCUAGCAAUGAUGGAGGCUCCCCAGUAACUGGCUACAACGUCGAGUUCAGGGACAUAAACAGCAUAUCUUGGCAGCGAGCUGGCUCUGUUGAUGCGGACACCACUGUCUGGACCCAGUCCAAGCUUCUUGAAGGCUCGGAAUAUGUGUUCAAGGUCACCGCAGUGAAUAAGAAGGGUGAAAGUGCUGCCCUAGAAACAGAAACUGCCAUUAAACCUCAGAAAUCUCUUGAUGUGCCCAGCAAGCCCACUGAUGUUAAGGUCAAGGACAUUAGGAAUGACUCAGCUACCUUGACCUGGAGAAAGCCCAAAGAAAAUGGUGGCUCCAAGGUCACAGGCUUCCGGGUUCUCAUGAAGGAAGACGAUGGGGACUGGAAAGAGGUUGCUAAACUUAAAUCUAUAGACGAUGAAUACAAGGUCAAGGACCUUAAACCCGGCAAAAAAUACAGCUUUGCAGUUACUGCUGAGAACAAAGUAGGCCAAAGUGAAUCAACAGAGCUGGAUAAGCCAAUCGAAGUGAAGAAAAAGGUGACCAAACCAGCUCCCCCAGAGGGACCUAUAGUGUUCUCAGACAUCAAGAAAACUUCUGUUGUUAUCACAUGGAAACCAAGCCCCGAGGAUGGUGGUGCAAAGAUCACAGGAUAUUACGUUGAGAUACGCGAGGCCCCUAAAUCUACCUGGAGUAGGUGUACCUCGACCACUGCCGACAUUACCUCCUACUGUGUACAGAGACUUAAGGAGAGACAGGAGUAUUUCUUCCGCGUGUUUGCUGAAAACAAGGUCGGCAGGUCAGACGCACUCGUGUCUGAAGGAGUGGUUGUCAAGUCUCAGUUUGAAGUGCCAGAUGCCCCAGUGGGUCCAGUGGAGAUCAGUGACCUUACCAAGGACUCUGUGACCUUGACCUGGAAACCACCAAGUAAAGAUGGUGGCUCUGAGAUCACUGGCUACAUAGUUGAACAGCGUGAUGCCAAACGCACCUCGUGGGUGAAGAGUGGAACAACAACCCCUAACAAGACAACAUUAACAGCUUCCAGACUGCUUGAGGAUAAUGAGUACGUGUUCAGGAUCAUGGCCGAGAAUGCCGAAGGUCAGAGUGCACCACUCGAGUCAGGAACUGUUAAGCCUACCAAAUCAAAAUCAACACCAGAUGCACCAACAGCCCUCAAUGUCAAGGACAAGAAAGAGAACAAACUGACCUUGACCUGGAAACCUCCAAAGAAUGAUGGAGGUGCUAAAAUCGAGUCCUACAUUGUCCGUAUGAAGGAAGGUGACAAUGAAUGGAGUGACGUUACCAAGGUUAAAGCAUUUGACACAGAGUACCGUGUAGAUAGUCUGACCCCUGAAACGCUGUACAGCUUUGCUGUGUUGGCUGAGAACUCUGUAGGUCAGGGACCAGCUGUGGAGACCAGUGCUCCAGUUGUGCUCAAGAGAAAGCCUGUCAAACCAUCCCCAGCAAAGGGACCAAUUGAGUUCUCACACAUUCAGAAGACCUCUGUCACUGUUGCGUGGCAACCACCAGAGAAUGAUGGUGGUGCUCCAAUUAAAGAGUACCUGCUGGAGGUCAGGGAAAAGUCAAGGACAGCCUGGACUAAGGUCACAAGCUUGAAGGCAGGAAUCACAUCCUACUGCGUACAGAACCUUAAGGAGUGUCAGGAGUUCGUGUUCCGAGUGUUUGCAGAAAAUGAAGUUGGACAGUCAGACGCUCUUGUCUCUGAGUCUGUGACCUUGACCUCACCUCAUGACGUGCCAUCUAAACCUGUCGGACCACUCUCAGUGUCAGAUGUAACGGAGAACUCAGCCACAUUGUCAUGGCAACCACCAGCAUACGACGGAGGCUCGGAUGUCACUGGCUACCUGCUCGAAAUGAAACAACCACUCGACAGGACCUGGAAAAAGUUGGCGGACCUGCCGGCUGAUGUGAACCAGUACAAGGCUGGGAACCUGCUGGUUGGUAAUGAGUACCAGUUCCAGGUUAUCGCGGUGAACGUCGAGGGCAAGAGUCAGCCACUACAGACUGACACAAACGUCGAAAUCACCAAGAAAAUAGACACUCCAGAAGCUCCAACCAACCUCAAGGUCACCAAGAUUGGGCCAACCUCUGUUGACCUUCAGUGGACCGCACCCACCAAGGAUGGAGGGUCAAAGGUCACGGGUUACCAUAUAUACAAGGCUACAACCCCUGGAGAUUGGGAAGAGGUCGGAAAGGUCACAAGGAUCGCCGAUACUUUCUCGGUCCCGAACUUGAAGGAAGGGGAAAGUUAUUACUUUGCUGUUGCUGCAGAAAAUGGGGCUGGUAUCGGACCCAAGAUGGAGCUUGUGUCACCUGUUAAGGCUCAGAAACCUAAAGAGAAACCCUCAGUUCCUCAGGGACCAUUUGAGAUCAAUGAUAUCAAAGGUGAAAGCCUUAUGUUGUCAUGGAAACCAAGCAAACAAGAUGGUGGCUCUCCGAUCACUGGGUACACCGUCGAGAUGAGGGAAACAUGGAAAUCCAAGUACCGACCCUGUGGCAAGACAACUGGGCCUGAUGACUUGACAUUCCGGGCAACUGGUUUAAAAGACGGGGAUGAGUACUACUUCAGAGUGUGUGCUGAGAAUGAGGCUGGACAGUCUGACUUCCUGGAAAUGAAUAAACCAGUCAAGGCUGAGACUCCUAAGACUGCGCCAAGUCCCCCAGAGGACAUCAAGGUCACUGACAUCGGCAAAUCUAACGCCAUCCUGGAGUGGAAACCCCCGAAGGACGAUGGAGGAUCCAAAAUCCGCACCUACCAUGUGUACAUCAGUCACGAGGGCAAAGAGGACUGGAAGGAGAUUGAUACUACCAACGCCUUCAAGCUCACUGCAGAGGCCAAGAACCUGAAAUGGGAGAAAGACUACCUAUUGGCUGUUACAGCUGAGAACGAUAUUGAUGAGAGUGAGAUGGCCAUUAUUCCUCAAGUGAUCAAGAUCAACAAGCCCCAGGAUUACCCGUCUGCUCCUGUUGGACCAAUCAAAUUCACCAAUGUUAACAAGACAUCAGCCACUGCCAAUUGGCAGAAGAGCAAGAGUACUGGGGGUUCACCCAUCACUCACUAUAUGGUUGAUAUGAGGGAGAAAUCCGUACGCACUUGGAGCCAUGUGACUGAAGUACGCUCCGAUGUUGAAUCACUGUCAUGUGAACUUACAGACUUGGUAGAAGGUCAAGAAUAUUACGUUCAGGUUAAGGCCGUCAACUCUGUUGGUGCGUCCAAACCACUCGAAUCUGCCACGACUGUAAAACCCAAAAGCCCAUUCAGUCCCCCUUCUGUUCCCAGAGAUCUGGCUGCAGCAGAGGUAACUCACAAAUCAGCUGUGCUUGAUUGGAAGCCACCAGCCAAGGAUGGUGGUGCGCCAGUUUUGUACUACUACCUGGAAAAGCGUGAAAAGACUUACGGAUCGUGGAAGCCUGAGGCAAAGGUCAAGGUCCCAGAGACGACAUACGAGGUGGAGGGAUUGAAGGAAGGGGUGGAGUAUUACUUUAAGGUCUGCGCUGAGAACGAGGCAGGCAAGGGACCCCUCACAGACAUGAUCGGACCUGUCAAACCCACCAAGAAAAAGUCUGUUCCAGACAAACCAGUCGGUCCCAUCAAGGUAAAGGAGGUGGACGCCACGAGUGUGAGCUUGGAGUGGCAGCCUCCCAAGGACGAUGGGGGCUCCAAGAUCCAGGGAUACAAGGUUUCCAUGACGACCGACCAGAACAUCUGGACGAACAUUACCAUCGCCCAGAAGCCAGCCCAUACUGUUAAACAACUGACCACGGAUCAGAGCUACUACUUCAGGAUUAUUGCCUUUAAUGAUGUCGGAGAGAGUAAACCACUUGACUCUGAACAAGUCAUCUGCCAAGCACCGAAAUCCAAGCCGGAUGUGCCAUGUGAGCCUUUCACUAGCAAGCCCGUAACCAAGGACUCUGUGGAGUUGUCAUGGCAAGUACCAGAAUCUGACGGAGGCUCACCAAUCACUGGCUAUGUGAUCGAGAAGCGGGACAAGUCCUACACAUCUCGCUGGGUGCGUGUCGAACAGACAACAGGUUCUGACACAACGGCCAUCUUGAAAAAGCUGGUUCCAGACUCAGAGGUUGUGUUCAGAGUGGCAGCUGUCAACAAGCUGGGUACCAGUGACUUCCUCGAGAUGAAGAAACCAAUCACAGUCAAGAGUCCAUAUGACGUACCUUCAGCCCCAGUAGGCCCACUUCUGAUCACCGACAUCACUGAGACCAGCUGCCAGCUAAAAUGGAAACCAUCAGAGAAAGAUGGAGGCCAGCCGAUCACAAAAUACAUAAUAGAGUCGCGUGAGGCCCGCCGUAGCAUGUGGAGCCAGUCUGGUGCCGUUGAACCCGAUGUGACUAAGUUUAUGCCCAAGAAUCUGACUGUGGGAAAUGAGUACUACUUUAGAGUGAAGGCGGUAAACGUUGAGGGAGAGAGUGCCCCACUGGAAGCCUCUGAAACCGUGCUGCCAAAACAGAAGAUUGAACCACCAAGCGAGCCACAGAAACUCAACAUUGACAAAAUCACAGACAAAGACGUCAACUUGACCUGGAAAGCCCCGAAAUCUGACGGUGGUUCCCGGAUCAAGCAAUACAAGGUCUACAAGAAAUCAGAAAAGCCAGGAUCAACAUGGGUUGAGGCAGAUAAGGUUGACUCAUACAGGACAAAUGCCACAGUAUCUGGUCUCUCUCUGGACGAGAAAUACACAUUUGCUGUAAUGGCGGAGAAUGAGAUGGGUCUCGGAGAAAUGGCGGAGACAGACAUGCCCAUUGCCUUGCAGAAACCCAUUUCACCACCAGCUGCACCAGAAGGCCCACUAGAGGUGAAGGACAUUACUAAAAACAGUGUGACCUUGACCUGGAAAGAAAGCCCUGAAGAUGGUGGAUCCCCGGUUACAAACUACCUUCUGGAGAUGAAGGAGGCCUGGAAAUCUACAUGGACAUACGUUGAGAAGAAACGUGCUGGCGAGCCACUGAAGCAUAAACUCGGGAGACUGACAGAGGGGUCUGAGUACUUUGUGAGGGUCACAGCUGAAAACAAGGUCGGCCAGAGUGAGCCGCUGGAGAGCGAGAAAUUCACUCCAAGAAACCUCUAUGGUCCACCCUCUGCCCCGAAGGCCCCCCUGACUGUGUCCAACAUUACGGCCACUUCCUGUACCCUCACCUGGCAGGCUCCAGAAAGCGAUGGAGGUAAACCAGUCAAGCAAUACAUCGUGGAGCGACGUGAUGCCAAGCGACACACCUGGUCGCCCGUGGAAACCGUCCGAGGAAAAUCACUCACCUGUGACGCCACACGACUUCUUGAGGGUGUGGAAUAUGAUUUCCGCGUGUUUGCAGAGAAUGAGGAAGGCCGAAGUCCUGCUCUGGAGACAACACAAAAGACAGUGUGCAGAAAGGCUGCAGUCAAACCAGAACCAGUCAGUGGCAAACUGCGCACCAGCGACCUUGACCUUGAUUCUGUGACCUUGUCAUGGCAACCACCACUUAACGACGGAGGUUCCCCUAUCACCAAGUACAUUAUUGAGGGACGUGACUCAACAUCAGGAACAUGGAAACCAGUUGCUGAGGUUCCCAAGAACAGUGACUCUUAUCGUGUUAAGGAUCUUGUGGAGGGAACAGAAUAUGACUUCAGAAUAAUGGCGGAGAAUGCGGUUGGUCGCAGCAAACCAGUGGAGACUGAAAAGUCUGUUAAACCUAUGAGGGAACUUGAUGUGCCCAGCUCCCCAACUGGACCUCUCGUGUCCAGCGACCUCACCAAGGAUUCUGUGUCAUUGUCAUGGCAACCACCUAAGGACGAUGGAGGCUCCCCAGUAACCGGCUACAUUAUUGACAAAAUUGACCUUGAUCAGGGUGGCUGGGUUAGAGCUGCCCGUAUUCCCGCAAAUGUUACAUCACAUACACAACAAAACCUGACUAAAGAUCACAGAUACAAUUUCCGUGUGUACGCGGAGAACAAGAUCGGAACUAGUGAGCCGAUUGAACUGCUUGUGCCUGUGAAACCAACCAGUGGAAUUUCCACCCCAUCAGCCCCACAGAACUUCAAGGCCACCGAGGUCACAUCUGACUCUGUGUCACUGAAAUGGUCUCCUCCUGAGACUACAGGUGGUGCCCCCAUUGUAGGGUACACCGUGGAGCGACGUGACAUGAGUCGUCCACAGUGGACCAGAGUCACCAGGGUGAAACCUACUGACACCGAGUUCACUGUUCCGAAACUCCUGGAAGGGAAGUCAUACAAUUUCCGUGUCACUGCUGAAAACUCUGAAGGUCUUGGUGAAGCAGCCAUGUUGGACCAACCUGUUGUUCCUGAACAGGAUGUGAGUGUACCAGGUGCCCCGGAGUUGCUCGAGUUAACAAGUCUUGAGAAGGACUCUGUAACUCUUCGAUGGAAGAAACCUCGCUCUGAUGGCGGUGCCCCAAUAACCAAUUACAUUCUCCAGAAAAGAGAGGAAUUCAAAGACGAUUGGUCCAAGGUCAAACAGACAGAUAACUUUGUCUUCACUCACCAAGUAACGGACCUUCUCCCAGACAAGAAGUACUACUUCCAGGUCAGCGCUAAAAAUAGCGUUGGAGUUGGUGAACCAGUCGAGCUUGCAGAACCAGUCAUCCCAAGCAGACCAGCAGACAAGCCAAGCAAACCAGUCGGUCCCCUGGAGGUAUCUGACAUCACAGAGGACCGUGUAAGGUUGUCAUGGCAACCACCAGAGAGCGACGGUGGUUCCCGGCUCACAAGCUACCUGAUAGAGAAAAGCGAAGCCCGCAGACCUCGAUGGCUCCGAGUCGCACGAGUUGGAUCAGAAGAAUUGACAGCAGAAAUUGACAAUCUUGUUGAGAAUACUGAUUAUUACUUCCGAGUGAUAGCUGAAAACAAGAUGGGCCUCAGCUCCCCAUUGGAGACACAGAAACCUGUUAAACCAGUCAGCCCAUACAGUGUCCCAAGUGCCCCUGUUGGACCAAUCAAGAUCAGCAAUGUGACCCGAGACUCUGCCUCCCUGCAAUGGGAACCGCCUACCUCAGAUGGAGGCUCACCAAUCACAGGCUACCUUGUGGAGAAGAGGGAGGGGACUCGCAGAAUGUACACCCAUGUCGGCAAGACUGACGGGGAACGAACCAGGAUCACGGUUUCCGGUCUCCGAGAGGAUACAGAGUACCAUUUCAAGGUGUUUGCUGAGAACAAAAUAGGAACCAGUCCUGGACUUGAAACUACAGAGGCUGUGAUUCCUAAGAGGAAAUAUGAGGUACCCCAGCCACCAGAGGCAUUGAGAUCCUCUGAUGUAACCAAGAACUCUCUGCAGUUGUCAUGGGAACCACCAUUCGGUGACAACACUAUUACCAACUAUAUCAUAGAGAAAAAGAAAGAACAUAGCGACGAGUGGACCCGUGUAUCCAAGGUACCGGGCAAGACAAGGAGUUACAACAUCACUGGCUUACCUGUGGGUGGAUCAUUCAAUUUCAGAAUUUCCGCAGAAAAUCCUGCAGGAGUUAGCUCCCCUGCUGAACUUCCGGUUGUUGUUGAGCUGAAGGGCAGUAAAGACAAGCCUGGUGCCCCGCUGAAGGCACCUGAAGUGCUGGAAGUGGGCCCACGGUUCUGUGAGCUCACAUGGGAACCCCCCGCUACUGAUGGCGGAUCUCCUAUCACAGGCUACCACCUGGAGCGCCCUGACCUCUCGGGAACACGCUGGAUGCCAGUCACAAAGAAGCCAGUCAAGGAUACAAAAAUGAAGCUGACGGACCUACUUGAGGACAUUCCGUACAGUUUCCGCGUACGUGCAGAAAACAAGGAAGGGGUCGGUGAACCCUCGCCCGCCUCUGAACAGGUCUUCUGCAGCUCUCGCAUAGCCACUGCACCUCCUAAGUUUGUUAAAGAACUUACUGACCUGACAGUCCGUGAAGGCACUGAGACAAAGUUCACAUGCGAAAUCACUGGCAUGCCCCGCCCUGAGGUCACAUGGUACAAAAAUUACCGUGAGAUCUUCACUGGUCGAAGGUAUGAGGUGAGGUCAGAGGGCACCGUGCACACACUGGUCAUCAAGACAACCGAAGAGGCUGACAUGGGAGGUAUUGAGUGCUCUGCCAGGAACAAGUUCGGCAGCGCGUCAUCUAGAGCUCAACUCGAUGUGGAAUCUCCACCCAAGAUCCAUGAUGUCCCAGACCGGUAUAUGGAAGGCCUCAAGUUCUGCCGCGGAGACACGAUCCACGCUCGUAUCAUGUUUACGGGCCGACCUACUCCCACACCAACCUGGACAAGAGACAACAAAACAAUCAAAGCGUCCAAACGCCUUGAAAUAAAGACAACAACACGCCACAGUAUCAUCACAAUCACGGAUGCAGACAGAAGUGAUAGUGGAAUGUACAAACUGACCGUGGAGAACAAGCUGGGAACCGACACUGUCGAGUUCCAGAUUACCAUCAUUGACCGGCCAUCUGCACCACAAGGCCCCACCAGAAUCGAAAACACAACCAAGCACUCCGUUGACCUCACUUGGCGUGAGCCGGAGGAUAAUGGUGGUUCUGAUGUGACGGGUUACAUCGUGGAGAAGAUGGACUUGACCACCAAUGUGUGGAGACGAGCUGUAACCUCCACCACGACCUCCACGACAGUCUCAUGCCUCGAGGAGUUUAAGGAAUACAGGUUCCGAGUGCUUGCUGAGAACAUCGUUGGUAUCAGUGAGGCCGGACCAGAGAGUGAGACGACUAUCACCCGUGAACAGAUGCCCAACAUUGACUAUGAUGACCUAUUUGACAGCGGUUUCCGUGGAGACCAAGUUGAUAUCGGCAAGAUGCGUGGAGACGUGCUCGGCAAAUAUAUUAUUUGUGAGGAACUAGGUCGCGGAGCAUUUGGCGUGGUCCACCGAGCAAUUGAGCGUGCCACAAACAAGAACUGGGCCGCCAAAUUUAUCCACUGCAAGCCCACCCAGAAAGAACAUGUGCGGCACGAGAUCGACAUCAUGAACAACCUACAUCACCCGAGACUUAUGCAACUGCACGAGGCAUUCGACCAGGCAGGAGAAAUGGUCAUGAUCCUGGAACUAUUGAGCGGUGGCGAGUUGUUUGACAGACUGGUUCAGCAGGAGUACGACUUCACCGAGCAGGAUUGUAUCUCGUACAUGAGACAGAUAUGCCAGGGAGUCAGACACAUGCACCAACAGGAUAUUGUUCACCUGGACCUCAAGCCCGAGAAUGUAAUGUGUGUCACAAAGGACAGCACGGACGUGAAGAUCAUCGACUUUGGUCUUGCUCAGCACCUGCAGGAGGGGAAACAAGUCAAGGUUCUCUUCGGUACAGCAGAGUUUUGUGCCCCUGAAAUCAUCAACUACGAGCCAGUCUCCUUCUCUGCGGACAUGUGGUCCCUCGGUGUUGUGUCUUACGUGCUUCUGAGUGGGUACUCCCCAUUCGCUGGUGACAACGACCAUGAGACUUUCAACUUCAUCAACAAGGUUGACUACGACUUCGAUGACGAGGUCUGGGAGAACGUCUCACAGGACGCAAAGGACUUCAUCAAGAACCUUCUCAAUAAAGAUAAGAGCCAAAGGAUGACCAUUGACCAGGCCCUUGACCAUCCAUGGUUAAAUGGCAGUGCCAGACUGACUGGCCGACCGUUGUCACGACAACACCACAAGGAGUACAGACUCAAACACAGACACAGGGAGGAUGACUUUGACAUUCUUCCCAUUGGUCGCCUGGCCAGGGACAGUGCUAUAUUCAGAAAAGAGGGUGACGUCGGUAUCAUCCCUAAAAACAUCAUCAUGGAACUGCCUGACCACGCCCCAGUGUUGGUGGAAGGCCUUGUAGAUCUCCAUGGAUAUGAGGGAUCCCGCAUUGAGAUGUCCUGUAAGAUCACAGGAAAACCUGAAGCGAACUUUGUCUGGACAAAGGAUGGAGAAGAACUGAAGGAUUCAGCCAAGUACACAAUCAAGUACUCCGAGAACAUUGCCUCCCUGUUUAUCAACGGCCUUGAGCCCGAGGAUGCCGGAAGAAUCACAUGCAAGGCCUCUAAUGAGUUUGGUUCUGUAAAGACGAGCGCCAAUCUCACGAUCGAGGAGAUCAGGCAUCGCAGAAAACGCCGUGAAGAUGAAGAGAAACUCAAGUUCAAGAAACCAACGAAGCAUGACUACGAUCUUGGAAUGGAGGACCACAACAUCCCUCCCCGCUUCCUGUUAACGCUGGUCGACCAGUCGAGAAAGAUCGGAGAAUCACUUGAGCUCAGUGUUACAGUAACAUGUAGACCAGAGCCUGACGUGACCUGGUUCUGUAAUGGGGUCAAGGUCGAGUCCAGUGACAAUGUCUCGUUUGAGCACUCAACAGGCGUGUACCGGGUCAUCAUCAAGAAUGUUGAGAAAGAGCACGCUGGUCAGUGGAGAUGUGUCGCAAACAACGACUAUGGACAGGCCUCUUGCUACUGUGACCUCAAGGUCAUAGAGUCUGUUUCUGACAAGUACAAAGCUCCAAAGUUCACACAAAAGUUGGAAGACAUCACAGUGUUCGAGGGCACAGAACUGAGACUCGAAUGCAAGGUCAAGGCUGAACCCAGGCCAGACAUCGAGUGGUACAAGGACAGGAAGUUGAUCCAGCCAGGUCGCCACUACUCUGUCUCAUACGAAGAGAACCUCUGUAUUCUGAGACUCCGCGAGGUGUUUACCAGCGAUCAGGGCCACUACAUGUGCAAGGCUGAAAACAAGGCUGGCUCUGCCUCCACUGAGGCUAAAGUGAGAGUACAAGUCACUCAACCAAAAGAAGAGCCAAUCACCCCAGCUACAGCAUUGGGACGUGAUACGUUCGCCAAACCAACAGGAGAGACACCAGGCCGCAGUUACGAGAAAGCCCCAGACUUCACCGCCAAAUUACAGAAUCGUUCUGUCAUUGAGGGUAACAAGAUCCGCCUGAUGGGAUCUGUGACCGGCGUACCCAACCCACGUGUAUCAUGGUACAAGGAUGGCAUUGAGAUCAUGACAGGAAGCCAUUAUGUUAUCUCUAACAACCACGGUCUAUUGAACCUCGAGGUGUUGUCAGCAUCACUGAAGGAUGCAGGACGUUACACCGUCAAGGCCUUUAACUCCGUCGGGGAGGCAGAAUGUUCCGCUACAGUAUCAGUGGAAGCUUCACGGAAAUCCCCAUCUCCAAAGCGCCGUGAGAUCACGCGACGUCCGAUGUUCACAUUCAUGCCAAUGGAUCUUACGAAGAAGGAGGGAGAAGACGCCACAUUUACAUGCAAGAUUGAUGGCAAUCCACAGCCCAACAUUAAGUGGCAACGAGACCUUCGUGACAUAUCUGACGGUAAUCGAUACAACAUCAGCGUAGAUUCAGAGGGAAAUAUAGAACUGACAAUCCGUAAGGUGACGUCAGGUGACGAGGGAUUGUAUUACUGCCUCGCCCAGAGCUCCGCAGGACGUACCAAGUGUUCGGCUUCCCUAAGAGUCAUAUUACGCCAGAAGAGUCCGGCACGUCGUAAGCCAUAUGAAGAUGUAUCCGUAGACCGUGCUGGAAGAUCAUCCCUGGAGACAGCACGUCGGGUGCCAGCAGGCGACCCGCCUAAGUUCAAGAUAAAACUGCCCAAGAUCGUGGAACUGGAGGAAGGUGACAGGCUUCGCCUUGAAGCCCGCGCUGAUGGCAAGCCAGAACCAAAUGUGACAUGGCACCGUGGAACAUUUGACCUGUCACAUGACAUGAGAUUCAGAAUCUCAACCUAUCAGAGCAAAGAUGUCCUGGAGCUCCGUGAUACCAUGGUCGGAGACUCUGGAGAAUACAUCGCCCGGGCAACCAACGUUCACGGUGUUGUUGAAACCAAGUGUGUUGUCAAGGUGAAGAGAAGGAGCCCGCGACGAGAUGAUGAUGACCUAGCUGCCAUGCAGGCUGCAGGAGCUGACGACCAAUCGGAUGAAGGAUUUGCUCCGUUCUUCAUGAAGCCCCUACCACCCUCCAUCGAUGUCAUGGAAGGCUUCAACGUACAGAUGGACUGUAUCAUAGAGGGCGGUGUCGAACUUAUCCAGUACAAGAGCUCCAACAUCCGCCACAUGCAGCGAGAGUUUGCCAGCCGAGGCUUCGAGGGCAGAUACAAGCGAAUGGGGGCCGAGGAUUUGCCACCUACCCAAGCUGCUGGCCGCUUGCCACGGGAACCAAGAAUGGCAGCCCCAGAGUUUGCGACUCGACCAGCUGACGUGGAAGUAGAGGUCGGAGGGACAGCAGAAUUCUCGUGUGAAAUUACUGGAACUCCAACACCAGAAGUCAUAUGGUUGAAGAAUGGUCGUCCCGUAACGUCGGGUGACCGUACCAGUCUAAGCUCUGAUGGCAGCCAAUACAGACUGGUUAUCCGCAAUGUGAACCAGUCUGACACCGGCAACUACAUCUGUACUGCCUCAUCUGAUGCUGGCAUGAAGUCCAGCCAAGCCGCUCUAACCCUUAAAGGGACGGAGUCUGAGACCCCCAAAUUUGACAUAGAACUAAAACCAGAAACAGAAGUAAAACCAGGUGACACUAUGCGGCUGACCUGCAGACCCUCAGGACAGGUCAAGUCUGCCCAGUGGUCCAAGGAUGGACAGAAGCUCUCUGCUGAUGAAAACACUAAGAUUCAUGAGCAUUCUGACAGUAUCCAGGAAGUGGAGAUAGCAACAGUUGCCCCUGGCAAUGCAGGUGUCUACACCUGUAUGGUUACCAUGGAGACUGGGGCUUCCCUGACAACCACCGGAAAACUCACUGUAACUGAACCUACCAACAAUGGUGCUGGUGCCCCCGUGUUUACGCGCCCCCUGACAGAACAGCACGUACGCGACGGGGACCAGGUUACCCUCGAGUGUGAGGUCACAGGAAACCCACGCCCCCAGGUGUCCUGGUUUAAGGGCACGGUGGAAAUACUCGACUCACAGGACUUCCAGAUCACAAACAUCGGUAAUAAGUGUUGCCUCCAGUUCAUGGACAUUUUCCCGGAGGACGAGGGCAAAUAUUCCUGUAGGGCCAGCAACUCUGCAGGGGAGGCAACUACGUCAUGCCACGUCCUUGUAGAUGACGACCUGUCAUUCACGCUUGAUUCAUCCGUGGGCUCCUCCUACUCAUCGCUGUAUCCCGUCCCGCGGGGUGGCAGUAGAAGCCGAAGCAUCGAUGAAGGCUCAGUGGACAUCCAUACUGUCGACCCGACAACCAAGAAACUUGUCAACGAAGCUCUGAAUGGCGCGGGCAAGGCCCCAGAGUUCCUUCUGAAGCCUAAACGCCAGUUUAUCGAUGAGGGAGAGACUGCCCGCUUCAAGGCCUCAUUUGAGGGUUCAUCUGAUACCCAGAUCAACUGGACCAAGAAUGGAAAACCAGUUGCCCUUGGAGACAGGGUCAAGAUCCACUUGGACAAUGACACACACAUUCUGGAGAUCAGCAAGGCCAAGCCGACCGACAACGGCAUGUACGAGUGCAAGAUCCAGAACUCUGCAGGGGAGGCAACUGCUGCUGCAGAGCUGGAGGUGUUUGUGCGUCCCAAAUCUCAGACGGGUAAAAAGUCCAUGUUUGUGCCCCCGACAGUUGACGUCCAACUCGAGGAUACAGAGUUUGCCGACAAGGAAAAGGACGCGACACUCGUCUGCAAAUUUCACAAUGCCAUUGAUGGGAGAGCCACAUGGUUCCGGGAAGGUCGGGAAGUGAGCUCAUGGCAAGGGAAGGCCACGUUUGACGGACGGACCGCAAAACUGGUGCUUAAGGACGUGAGCAAACGCCUGUGUGGCACAUACGAGUGUGUCGUGAAAAACACCGGCGGCGAGGCGAAGACACGCGCCCUUGUAUCACUUCUUGACCCCAAAGUAAAGCCGACGCCACCUAAGUUCACUGUUGCCCUUGCGGACACGUCCGUGGAACCAGGAGAGAAAGUCGUGCUCGAGACUCAAGUCACAGGCCAGCCCCGCCCCUCACUGAAGUGGUACAAGAACAACGAGGAGCUCAGAUCCUCCCAGGACAUCCGCAUGGAUUACAAGGAUGGCAAAGGUCGCCUCAUAGUGAACAACCUUGACCCUGCCCAGGACGCACAGUUUACAUGCAUUGCGAGAAAUAUCGCAGGCGAGGAAAAGACAAUGGCCUCCAUUAAUGUUACAGGAUCUGCGGAUGUGAGGGAGCCCCCAAUAUUCACGAAGGAGCUCAAUGAUAUGGAAGUUAACGAUGGAGACAGAGUUGAGAUGAGCGUGGAGGUUAAAGGAAGCCCUCCUAUAGACAUAAUCUGGGUACACAACAACCGAGAGAUCCCGCCCACUGACCCGGUCUGUCGCAUGGUAACCAAGGGCAACACCCACAUGCUCAUUAUUCCCGAGGUUUUUCCCGAGGACUCCGGAGAGUAUGUCUGUGAAGCGUACAACAGCUACGGAGAUACAGAUACGUUCUGUAGGCUUAAUGUGCAUGAAGACAAGACAUUGGAAACAGACGAAGACCUGCAGACUCCUCCAGCUUUCCUGAUUGGCCCUCAAAGCUUACAUGUGCGAGAGAACGAGGCCGCAAUUUUCACGUGCAAGAUCUCAGGAAAUCCCCCACCCUCCGUCCAGUGGCAGCGAGGAAGACAGACACUGAAACACGGCAAUAAGAUCAAGAUCAGUAGUGUUGGAGAGGAACACUUUCUGGAGGUAACGUCCCCCUGCACACGAGACAUUGGCCAGUACACAUGCACCCUCUGUAACCCCCUCGGUGCAACAAGUGCCACUUGUGACCUCACAGUAGGGGAGGUAACAAAGAACUGUGCUUCCCCAUCAAGAUUCCUUCUCAGAAAAAGGUCUCAAGAUAUUCACACCGGAAAGUACAACGGUACCGAGUCUGAAAGUUCUGAUAUCUCAGCAGGUGAUAUAGAAACAUUGCGAACAACUCUUGCAGUGGCAAGAAACAGUGCACCAUGUAUUAGUUCACAACUAGUAUCUUCUCCAGUACAGCCAACAUUCGCAGUUACAACAUCUAGUGUGCCAGUAGUGUAUUCUCCUGUGCAAAAGAAGAACUUUGAAGAAAUACACGCCAGAACUGUCAGUGCACCAAACAACAAUCAUGUACGUAAGAAAACUGAUGAUAUAACCGCACAGAAACAAACAGUAGAACAUAGAGUUCAAAAUUACAGAGGAAAAUCUGAAAAGACUGAAAUCACUGUACAUCAAAAAGUAGAUACCGAUGGUGCUAAAAAUAUAUUUUCUAUAAAUGGUGAUGAAAACAGUCAGCGUGUAGAUGGUGCAAUAAGAACUACAUCAGAACAUAACGGACACAUUGAGAGUCCAAAAUCCAACACUGUUCAUGUAACAAGUAUUGAGAUAACAACACCUACAAGGAAAGACGUCCCUGCUCAGAUAGUGGAACUCAGACCUGUGAUAAAGGGGGGAAGUAUUUCUAAAACUGAAACAAGGAAACAUAAUGAUAAUCAACCAGUAUUAACAGUCAGAGAAAAGCAUGUUGUGAAUGUCGAAAAGAGACUGCCUCUAGAUAGUGCCCCUGCUCCUGGUAAAAGUGUUCCAGUCCACAAACUAAGCACACCGGAUAAAGGUGAUAAACUUGCAGUGGAAAAAGUCGGGGGAGUAACGCAGGUUGACUUUAGGGGAGUUUUGAAAAAAUCCCAUGACAAUCCCCAAAGUGACUCAGACUCCAAGAGUCAUGUAAAAAAGCAUCUUAGUGAUCGUGAUCUACCUAAGCAUAAACAGAAAGAAGUGAAAACUGAUUUGUCUCAAAAACGGAGACUGUUUGAAGGAGACAGCCAUAAACCUGCUUCUUCCAUAUCUACCAGAAGUGUUCCUAUACAGAAAGUUAGUAAUAAAACUGCAAAAACUGGAACUGUUGGUAAAGCACUGAAACAGUUUGAAUCAAGUGCUUCAGAUACCCAGGCAGAUUUCAGAAAUGUGUUAAAACAUCGAUCACAUGAUGACAUAAAGCAUAAGAAAGUUGAGGACAAAGAUGCUCAACAAGUAGACUUUAGAAACGUGCUCAAACAUAAGUCUCUAGAAGAAAAUCCUGACUCGAAACAACCCACUAGAUCUCCAUUGAAUGAUCUGAAGGAUAGAAAAGGGCGGAUUUCAAGUGCCUUUGAAAGUGUUGAAAAAUCUAGUCUUCCAGACAGAUCUGAUAUUAAAGUGACUUCCCAAGGCAGAACAAAAGCAAGAGUAGCCAAUCUUACUCUGGAUUUAAGUAAAGCUGGGAGAAAGCCUGACAAAGAUAUUCUUAGUCAUUCUCGUGGAUUUAAAAGUGUGCUUAACUCAAAUGAAACAGAAAAGUUUAAAUCCCAGGAAAAUUACAAUGGAGAUAUAGUGAAACCAGUCGCUAGACGGAACAAUCAAACUCAAGCCAAGUUGUCCAGUAUGGAAGUUAAAUCAAAAUUAAAGGAAAGUCAGAAACAUCAAGAAGUGGACAAUGAGAAACCAGCAUUUAAGGAAACUCUGAGACACCAGGAGGUGGACUACGGGAGCAAGGUGACCCUGGAAUGUGAAGUCAGUGGGAAACCAAAACCGGUCCUGACCUGGGCAGUCAACAACCAGGAAAUCAAGUCAAGCAAGUAUUUACGGAUGAUGUACAAUGAUGACCACGCCCAGCUUGUGAUUGACGAGAUAUUCUCGGAGGCUGAAGGGGAGUACACAUGUACUGCAACAAACUCUGCCGGGUCAGCUAAAACAUCGUGUAACCUGCUUGUCAAAGAGCGAGUUAAGACGCCGGAAACCACAGAUGACACCAUAGACGAGCCAUUUUCUCCAACCGCCACUCCACCCAAGAUCUACAACAUCUCGCCAUCAGAGUUUGCCAUCAAGCGCGGUGGCGCCAUAGAGUUCAAGGCAUCCUUCACCUCCGUUCCCCCCGGCACUGUCACAUGGUGGAAAAACAAAGCACAAAUCACAUCAGAUAAGAGGUUAAUGGUGACCACCAGUGAGCUGUUCAGUACAUUGACGAUCGAGGGAAUCGAGCCGUCUGACGCAGGGAAGUUUGACAUCACUGUUGAAAACAGGCUCGGCACGGACACCGCCUGCGCAUACCUCGGAGUUGAAGAUGUUCCACACCCGCCAGUGGGUCAACCAUGGGUGAGCGAUGUUACGUUGACAACAGCCACGUUGUCAUGGUACGGCCCCGCGUACGAUGGGGGAUGCUCUGUUACUAAUUACAGAGUUGAGAUGUGUGACGCUGAGGAAGGAGAGUGGACUCUCGUUACGUCUAAUUGUGUGAGCACCACAUGUAAUAUCGAGAAACUGCGAGCCCUCACGCCCUAUUUCUUCCGAGUGUUUGCGGAAAACAAGCACGGGCUCAGUGCCCCAUGCCAGACCCCUGAUGUCACGGUGACCUCUGACAAACGACCUUCAGUUCUCAUGCGGUUGCCUAGCACAGAGUCAGAUGAUGUGUUUACGCACGAGACUAACGAUCCUGUAACUCCAAUGUCUGAGUACGGCCUAGUUUCCCCCCUUUCCCCAGACGAAGCCUCAUUUGAACAUCGGGAGGUUACGAUCUACCCAACCAAUUCAUUUGAUACCCUCUACAACACCAUGGAGGAAGUUGGAAAAGGAAAGUUUGGUAAUGUCUACAAAUGCGAGGAGAAGUCAACCGGUAAAAUCUGGGCGGCAAAGAUGAUAAAAUGUCGCGAGGCGGAGAAGAAAAAGAUACACCUGGAGAUCGAGAUAAUGAACCAAUUGAAACACCCGAAGAUCCUCAUGCUGUGGGAUGCCUUCGAGGCCCCGCGGAAGAUGAUCCUCGUCAUGGAAUAUAUUGGAGGUGGAGAACUGUUUGAGCGAAUCCUCGAUGACGACUGCGACCUGUUGGAGCGUGACUGUAUCCAGUUUAUGCGACAGAUUUGCGAUGCAGUCCACUACAUGCACUCCCGUAACAUACUUCACCUCGAUCUUAAGCCGGAAAAUGUCCUGUGUAUCAAGAACGAAUCAAACAAGAUCAAGAUCAUCGACUUUGGGCUCGCAAGGUAUUAUGAAAAAGGGGAGAGUGUGCGUGUGUUGUUCGGUACCCCGGAGUUCAUUGCCCCUGAGGUUGUGAACUAUGAUGAGAUCGGUUUUACCACGGACAUGUGGAGUGUGGGUGUCAUCUGCUAUGUGCUACUGACAGGAUUUUCACCAUUUAUGGGUGACAGUGACGCUGAGACCCUCGCUAACGUGACGCAUGGAGAGUAUGAUAUGGACGAAGAAGACUUCCAGGGCAUUUCCCAGGACGGGAAAGACUACAUCAACAGUCUGCUCGUGAAGAACAAACAGAAGCGCCUCACAAGCGUCCAGGCCUUGGAGCAUCCAUGGUUGGCUGAAGAUGCAGCGCGCUUGAAAAACCGCAAAAUCAACACGAAAAACCUCAAACGCUUUAUGGCGCGCAGGAAAUGGCAGAAAACUGGGAAUGCUAUCCGUGCUUUGGGGCGUAUUACCUCCUUUCAGAAGAUGCUCAAGGGUAACAACUCUUCCUCUGCUUCCUCCUCCUGUUCCUCGGGUCAGGGGUCACAAUCUAGCUCCAAUAGUGCUUCCCUGGGAUCACAGAGUACACUUAUUGAUGCUAAAAAUAACUCUCAGUCUAAAUAUAGUUCAAAUUCUUUAAAGGACCAAUCAAAUGAGACAGAGGGCAGGUCAGCCAAUCAGGACAAAGGUCAUGUGAAGUUGACCAAUGAAAAGAUGGUGCAAUCAUCUAAUCUGUCCAAUGAAAAUAUAGGACUUGUGAAAAAGUUUUCUGACAUGGACUUAAGUACAAUUAAAGAAACUGUUGACAUCAACUCCAACAGUGAUUCUCAAAAAUUAAACUGUUUAAACUCUGCCGAUGUUGAAGAUCGAAAAGAAAUAUCUGGAAAUGGUAUAGAUUCCAGGAAACCUGUAGAUUCAUGCCAAGACUGUGUCAAUCAACAAUCCAUCAACCAUUCCCAAACAUCUAACAAAUCUCAUCCAACAUUCACAAAGGAAAUGAUAGACUCAAAAGCCUUCCCGGGCGAUGUCAUAAGAUUCGACAUAGCUUACAGUGCAGACGCAAAUACAACAGUUACUUGGUUCUUUGAGGAUGAGAUUUUAUCAGAAGAUGACCGACACAGUAUUCAAAAAAGCAAUAAUAAUUGCUCGUUAAUUAUAAAAGACGUCUGCGAGGAAGAUGAUGGGGAUUAUAGCUGCAACAUCAAGAAUCCUCAUGGAGAAGCGACAUGUACUGCUGAACUCAUUGUAUAUGGUGCAUUAUGAACUGAUACCAUCUGGAUUAUUGUAUUCAAACCGUUUAUGUACCAUGUAAUUGGAGUUCUCUCUUAUAAGAUAUCCAAUAAUUUCGAAUUCGUAAACUUUGACUGAUUUAUCAUGUUCAAAGUUUGCUUGAGUUCAUUUAAUUAAAAUACUCACAUGGUUGAGUGUUUGUCAUCAAGGCAUGACAAUGCCAAAAGAUCAUUAUGAUUAUGAGGUGAUGAGGUGUAAAUUGAUCUCUCUGAGCCAAUCAGAUUUGAGGAUCCACCUGAUGGUAAUUUUAACCAAUUAAAAACAGUCCAGUAUUAACUGUUGACUGUGAUGCGACAACCAAUCAAGACCCACAGAUUAUGACAAAAUAUAUAAUCUUAGCUCAAAGCCUCAUAGCCUUAGUUUGUAGUUAUAGGUCAUGAUAAUUUUCAUUAGCCCAGCCAAAAUGAAACAAUCUAUAAACUUUAAAAAGAAAUGCUUCGAUCAAUAUAAAAUUAUACUUAUCAGAAAAGAAAAUUUUAAGGUAAUAUAAUAUCAUGUAUUAAACAACAAUCUGGAUUGAAAUGAAUCAAGAUGAAGACUAUUUUGGCUUUUGAUAAAUUAUCAUGGUUAAGUUUCUUUACAGUGUAUGAUAUGUACAUGAUUGUAUUUGCCUCUGAAAUGCUCGGUAACUUUUCUUGGCAAUACCAACUCAAACAUGAAAUUUUCUGCCCCUGUUUUCAUUAUGCAUCGUGUAACAAAAUUUCAUGUUUUCUUGGUUUUAUUGCCAUUUUUCGAUAUUUCGAUCCUCACUGUGUAACCCUGACGAGCAUUUCAAAGAAAAAUGAAUUCAGCUGUAUGUGCAAUUUUUAAUGAUUUUUUUUAUAUAUAAAAUGUAGAUAAUUGUUAUUUUUUUUGUUAUUGUUUCAGAUAUGUUAGUUGUAUAUACUAUGUAAUUUUCUAUAUUUAUUGUUAGUUGUCUUUCACUAGGGAUAUUCAAGAAGCAACAGCAUUUAUAACAAUUUUAUGUGUAAAAAAGUUUUUUUAACACAUAGUUAUUUUGUUUCUAAUACACACAACAACGAUGUUUUGAUUUUGCUGUUGUGAAACCUUGUAAUAACUUGUAUUUAAACAGCUGCGUACACUGUAUUUAAACUUUGUUUUGAAUAAACCAUAUAAAUAA